AAUUUUUCUAUUUCAUAUAGUAUUUUUUGUGGGUCUCGACCAGGUACUACUAGUCGAAUUGUUGGUGGUUCAGUUGCAAGAGUGAAUAGCUGGCCGUGGCAGGUGAUGUUGAUCAGAACUUCUGGAAGCCAGUUUUGCGGCGGAUCGUUAGUAGACCCUUAUUGGGUGGUGACCGCUGCACAUUGCGUUAACGGAAAAUCGCCGUCUUCUAUCAAAGUGAAGUAAGUUACGCUUGAAAUAUUUUAAAACCAGAAAUAAUGCUUCACUGUAGGAACACUUGGGAGAAUAGGUACAAGCUUUGGGCACAAUGAUUUCUGGGAUUGUUUGCGUGGACAAGCUUUUGUUAUCAUUGGUCGUGUAUUCAAGGCAAUUAUUAGCCAGCCAUAAGCAACGGUUUUCUUCCCCCUCCCCUUUACCCAAACCAUCCUAAAAAUCGUUGCGCUGGAAGCUUGUACCUACUUUUUCUGGUAGCUUCUGGAGUGGGGAAUUGCUGCCUACCGUGAUCAUUGACCCUAUGUUCACGAUUCAAAUUAUUGGGUCUCUCUAUCCCGACAGCAUGCAGUAGUAGGCUGGGAUUUCUGAUUCUGUGCAUACAAUUUCUAGUGAUUCUGGCGCGUUAAUAUAUUGUUUUAAUUAAUCUGCGAUCAGGUGUCAAAAAAGAUAUAAUAAUUGUAAUAGUUAUAAUAAUUAAAUUAAUUAAUUAAUCAUCAACAACGAUCACAUUUUUUCUGUAUUAAAAGGAUAAUCAUUAUUAAGGAUCGUUUACAAUCAUAAUUGUCCUUGUUGCUGUCAUCGUCGUCAUCAUCAUCAUCAUCAUCGUCGUCGUCGUCGUCGUCGUCGUCAUUAUCAUCAUCAUCAUCAUCAUCAUCAGCGCGAUUGUCGUCGUUUAUUAUAGUUGCUAAAGUUUUAAAUAUUAAUUUUAAAUGGUAGGUACUUUUUUUCUUAUUUAUUUUUCAAGGUUGGGAGCUCACUACAGAACAAGCGGCAGUGUUGGAACAGAACAGGAAAUCGGGGUUGUACAGAUCAUCAGGCAUGAAAAUUAUUAUGACCCGUUGAGCUAUAGCAACGACAUCGCCCUGAUUAAGCUCUUAAAACCUGCAAAUCUUGGAGUUGGCAUCGGGCUUGUCUGCCUGCCUGAUAUGUGCCACGCUCUCCCUUUUGACAAUUUAAACAGAAAGUGCUGGAUAACAGGCUGGGGUACACUGUCGUCAGAUGGGUCCCAGCCAAAUACCCUCAUGGAAGCUGAGAUACCACUGGUCUCCAAGCAACGUUGUCUGAAUUCCUACCCUGGAAAGAUUGAUGAUUCGAUGCUAUGUGCUGGCCUGGAUGCAGGAGGAGUUGACACUUGUCAAGGCGACAGUGGUGGUCCAUUGGUCUGUGAGUUUAACGGUACAUGGUUUCUUGAGGGUGUGACAAGUUGGGGUCACGGAUGUGCGUAUGCUUCAAAGUAUGGAGUGUAUGCUAAGGUUAGAGAACUGAAAGCAUGGGUAACCAACCAUAUUUAUCAAGCAAUACCGCCUGCUGUUUCGCCACAGAACCAAUCGGUGUCCGCGUUAGGUAAGUAUUUUAAACACCUUUUACAUAACCCUUUCUUGUAAAUUAAAAGUUUCCUUUCUGUCAUCAUCCAUCCAACGUUUUUUUACUGGCAAAAGUUCAAUGACUCUAGCAAAACAUGCAAUCGAAGCGUUGUCAGUGCCACAGCUUUUAUAAACACUUGGGAUUUCGUUAUUAAAAAUAUAUUUUGCUAGUGAUGUUUUGGAAGAAAAUGAAUUAGUAUAGGUAAUAGCAUGAUUUCUAGUGAUAUUUGGCAUAAAUACCACGAUUGAUAUUUCGAAAUUGUUAUACGUAAUUUCACCAGCCGUUAGGCAAGUGAAAUUUGAGACAAUUUUAAAAUAUCAUGAGUGUUAUUUGUGCCAAAUAUCACGUUCAAAUCAUGCUAUUAUUUGUUUAUACUAUUACCCGCAAAAGUUUUGUAAUUUUCCCGUGUAGGUAUUUCAAAUUAAGCUAAAAUAUCACUCCUCUAAACCAAUCAAAUUGCAGAAAUGUCACACGUAGUAGUAUAACUGAAUAAAUAAACGAAAGAACGAACGAACGAACGAACGAAGGAAUGAGUAAGUAGAUGAAUAAAAGAGCGUACGAACAUUCGAACGAAUGAAAUUAUGAAUAAACGAACGAACGAACGAAUGAAGAAUGAAUAAAUAGACGAAUUAAUGAAGGGGUGCAUGGACAGGAACGAAUGCAUAAAUUAAUUUAUUAGUUUAUUUUACUUACUUAGUGUGGUGUGCAUUUGACAAUGGAUUAUGCUCCGGUUGGAACCAAUCUUCUUCAGAUGACUUUGAUUGGACACUUUGGUUUGGUUCAACACCAUCAGGAUCUACUGGCCCGUCUUCUGGGCAAGGGGGAUCAGGUUGGAUUUAGUUCAAUUAAUUUCUUUUAGUCCCAAAUUCAUCUUCAAUUCAGAGGAAAUGAGGCUUCAAUGAAGUUCCCGUAGUCAUUGGCAUGAAAUAUAUUUUAGUCUAUGUUUCACGUGUCAUAUUUGUAACGAGACAAUAUUACGUGUCCGUAGCCAUAUAUUGCAAUGAAGUAAAACUUAAUCUAUAAUACGCGUAAACAGCUAACGCCUCUGCCUGUUAGUAAUCAAAUAGCAUGGAGCAAUUUAUAUCUUAUAUAGAUUUUUUAUGUGCUUUUCAGUCAAAGGAAGCUGUAAGAAAAUAAAGAUAACUUUUUUGGGGCAUUUUUGUUAAAACAAACAAAAACAUCAACAACAAAAUACAACACAAAGUCAGUCACGUGUGUACAGUAUGUUGCCCAGUAUCCGGCCACUUCAGUUUAACAUUGCAAUAACUUUCCUUUCGUGGUCGCAAGAGCUCUGACAUUUGGCCCACGGACAAUCUAUUUACGCCUUAACAUGAUGAAAGACAGUUUAAUUUUUUUGCCUUCGCUUCCAUCGCGGAAUUAAUAUCUUUGCAGAGCUCCUAUGUUGCCCAGCAUCUGGUCACAACAGUAACAACAUAAUUAUGCAUAGAUAUGGACAGGCAAGCGACUUUUUAGCUCCUCUUGCACUUGCAAAGUAGUCUGGCAUUUGAUUCCAAGAAUAUUAAUCGACCUGGGAACCCAGCAUCGUGAAACAAAAGAUAACAAAUAAUAACCGGGGUAUGGUGGGGAAAACUACGCGAGCGGCUGACCAAGGUUGCAAAUGUGGAGAGAAAAAAAAAAGGAAAAAAAAAGGAACUAACAAAUAAGACAAAAAAAUAAAUAAAUAAAUAAAUAAACGGAGAAGGGCCCUUCCGACUGUCAAAGGUCACUCUGCCUUUUAGUCUGAGCUGCAGUGUUGAUUUCUUCAUGCUCUGUCCCCACAUUUGGGCUGCCGUUGUCUAGCACUAAUUCCUCUUUCUUGAACUUCACAUCUCUCAAUCCCUUUGGGAAAUUUUUCAGACCGUUGCAACCCCAUUCUAACAAUCACAACUGGGGGAUUUGUAUGAUAAUAUUGUUUCAACUUCGACGCUUCCGGAACAAGCCGUGCCAACGAAAUCAAUUCGCCCUUGAAUUUCCAUAAGGAGUUGAGUAGAGUUACCUUAUACAGAUUAUUAUUAUAUAUCCUAAUAUUUAACUACUGUUAUAGAUAUAAAAUAAAUCUUGCCCGGAUAGUACGCAGCUAAUUCAUCGAUUCUGCACAGAAAAGAAAAAAACUGGCAGGAUGUUGGGCACCUGACAUCAAUACUUAGUGAAUGUUUCUGGCCUCCGUUAUUCCAAACAAAUUGAAUUUCAGGAAGAAUUUAUGAAUUUUCUGACAACCUGACUUCUUUAAGUAUCUUCACUUUAAAUAUAACACAGUUUCUUUAAAAAUAUCACAUAUUACCAAUCCUUAUUUGAACACCACUAGUUUUACUGCGCGGUAAACAGCUUAAAUAUUAGCCAUGGAAAGUUUACUCACCUGAACAGAACGGCGCCUUCUUCAACUGUUUCUCAAGCUGUAAACCCGCCAAAACUUGCAUUUUAAAGCUGAUUUUCUUCAGCCUCCAUUCGAAAUACUUUGUUUACCGAAAACUGAAAAGGGCGCUACAAAAAAUGAGUUUUUGUUUUAAGGUGAUUCCCUAGUUUUGCACUGCGCAUCUCUUACUGCGCAUAACAAGAUGGCCGCCGUAAAAAAGAGCAGGUGAAGUAAUAUUAUUAAAAUGAAGUUGACUGAAGAGAAACGCCAUUGGAAUUUUUGCUUGCUGCUGUUUCUUGCCGAGGUGAGACUCAAUGUGUUGGGAAUGUGCAUAACGUAUGCAGUACGCGUGUUGCUGAGUUCGACCUCCUCUCGGAGAACCUCGAUAGUGGAUGUUUAACUUGUGCUUACGCACUUUGAUUUUCAUUUAAACACUUUCUUUAUCACAUUGUGUCCCAAAUGUGACAUCUCUAUGUAAAUUCUGUAAAAUCGGAUUUUUUUAAUACUUUCUUCCCCCUUUCACAUACAUUCUAUUUUGAAACUCGCCCCAGUCCUCUCUCAAAAAUCGGAGAAAAUGCGUUUGGUGCGCACUUUCUGCAGCUCUAGCGCAAAAACGGGUACGGUGACCCCCAUUUUUUAUUUCAUGAUUUUAAUAAGGACAGUGCUUCCUUUCGAUGAGAAAAAAAUUGGCACAAAUCUAUGUUCAGUUUUUUGGCAAUUUUACUAAAUUGUACGGAUUGAGCCAUCACGGGUUGAAAAGCGCGCGUCCAAUUUAAUUCUGCUUUGGAGCGUAAAGUAAAAACAAGGGCAUUAAAAGGCAUUUUUCUGGUACGUAAGUGGAUGAACAAUACAUUAAAGUCAAAUUCUGUGUGAUGUCACAUGCAUCAUCGAAAAAACCUCUCCUUGUUGUCUAGUUUUGCUCUGCCCGCGGUUUUUGUAAAAGGGUCCUAAAUAGCCGUAUUUGUCAGCAUUGUGACGUCAAAACGAGCACGGUGACCCCCACUUUUUAUUACUUUUUUAUCAUCUUCUUGACUUGUUACAUCAGUGUACCAAGUUUUAGCUAAAAUCUAUGUUAGGUUCUUUUACUAUGGAAUCACCUUAAGUGGCCGGAUACUUGGCAACAUACUGUAUCGUCCUCUGUUGAUUGUUAAAGUAAUAUUUACUUAUAUUUGCCUCUCCUUCUUUACUUUAAGGAAAUUAUAUGUACAUUGAAACAUCCUCUCCAAGAAGACCCGGCGACAAAGCCAGGCUUGUUCUUACUGUUCCAAACAACGGUGAAAUGUCUUGCCUUUCAUUUUACUAUCAUAUGUACGGAGCUUCAGUUGGAACUCUUAACGUCUACAGCGGAAACAGCAAAGUCUUUAACACUUCUGGACAACAGAGUAAUUACUGGAUUAUGGAGGAGAGAAACAUAAUUCUGAAUGGAUUGGUAAGAGAAAAAAGUGUGCCAACGCGCACGUAAUUCUAGUUAGCUUAUCGUGUCAUUAUCAUCAUCGUCAUCUUCAUCGUAAUCAUUAUCAUUAUCAUCAUCAUCAAUAUCAUCAUCUUCGCCACGACCAUAAGGGAGUAUACGCAGAUAGAAAGUGUCCGGUAUAUUGCUAACUACAACUCAACACUUUCCGCAGGUAAUAUUCGAGGGGAUUGCAGGAAAUUCAUUCACUGGGGAUAUCGCGAUUGAUAGUGUAGAAAUAAACAGUGGAAACUGUCCAGGUAAAAGUAAAUCGAUUUGUAUAUAUUUUUAGCCUUCAAACAAGCUCACUUGUGUGGAAAAUCACUUUUCCUUGCGCGCUGGUAGCUCCGACGACCAAAUUUCCACUCACUGUCAAAAUCGAGUCCGCUCGCAGGCUAUCUAAUUUUAAAAAACUCAACAGCAUACCUGAAUAUUUUCAUUUUAUACGCCCUCUUCCGUUGUCCUGGCCUACUCAUACUAUGCCGCGUUUUUGUUUCAUUACAUUUGCGUUCAGCGGCGGAUCCAGACUUUCAGAUAAAGGUUGAUUUCCACUGACGCGUUUUUGCCUACGCACGUUAACGCACGUAAAUUUUAAUCACGUAAGUAAAAUAGAGGCACGAUAAAAAGUGUUGAGAUUAAACGAGAAGUUGAGCGAGGUUCAACUUUUACUCUUACGAGCGACCUUUCAUACAUUGCCUCUAUUUUAUUUGCGCACGUAAAUUUUACCCACAUACGCACGUACGCACGUAAAAAUUACGCGACACUGGAAAUCAACCUUAAGGGGGAGAAGGGGUAAGGGGGGGGGGGUUCGGGUAAGUGGACCGAUCAUCCUGCGGUCUAAAAAAAGGGGGGUUGGGGUGGUCGGGCCCCUCUCAUGAAUCCGCCACUUCCGGUGCAACUCGUCUUGCCAAUUAUCAUUCAUCUUGAUACUAUGGAACGAUCCUUCAAGUUAAAUGACAUGUGAUUUAUUUACCUGAUUCACUUGUAGUAUCCUGUGAUUUUGAUAAUGGAUUGUGCUUUGGAUGGAGCCAGUCGAAGCAGGAUGUAUUUGACUGGACGCUUUACUCUGGCCGCACGUCUUCGUCAAAUACUGGACCAUCUUCGGAUCAUACAAGUGGAUCAGGUUUGCUGAUAUUGAAAUUCAUUCCUUAACAUUUUCUCACUUUUAUUUCACGAAAAUAUAUUAUUAUCAGUAUAAAUUCAUUGGAUGUAGAUUAAACUUUAGAAGAAAUUUAUCUGUUCAAAACUGGCGGUUGUAAGCAUUUAACUCGGUUGCUGUUAGCCUGAAAUUCAUCCGAUUGCUUCGAGUCGUUUUCUCCUCUCAACAACGUCUGAAUCGACGGGCCGUUAAUGCCGUCCAGUGACGUCACUCACUACCCGAAAACCGGGUAGUGAUUUUGAUUGGUUGAUUAUCUAAAAAUUCGCAUAAUUAUGUAUAAUUGUGAAAAAUUUUAGCGGGAUUGUCGCUUGAUAUUCAGCGGAUCGCAUCCCCGGUAUUUCGAUAAGCUUAAUCUUUAUCUUAAACUGCAAAAUUGCCCUUGUCUUCGAAACUGAAAUGCUAAAUUGAACUGCGAAUGAAGAAUCAUUGCGGAGAGUCGGUAGGUUUUUGAUUUAGAGCCGCUUUGUGGUUUCGGCGGCCGGUGACUUUGUUUACGCGAAGUUUUCUGAAAUCAGUGUUAUAAUUCGACCUUCUUGCUAUUUUCACCGUCAAGUGUAAUGAUUCUGUUAGCUGUUCUUUCUUGUUUCCUUGUUUUUUUUCUUCGUGAAGGACCAAAUAGCUUCUUUUCAAUUAAAGCAAAUCAUUGUGUUUUUGAACUAAGUGUUUCAUGUGUGUGUUUAUUACAUUGCGUGAUUGCGACCGAGUUUGAUUAUAGAAUUCAGUACAGCCCGUUCAGAGUUGUACUGCAUGCAGUUGAUAGUUAGAACGUUAAACAUGAAUCACGAUCGAAAAAAAUAAAGCAAUUCUGUAUCAUGCAGACAUUUCCAAACGAUGUUUCUCGGUUUGCCACUUGAAAAUCGUGUUUUACUUUUUGCAUGAAUUAAAGCAAAGAUCAAGGAGUAGUGACGUCACUGGACGGCAUUAACGGCUGGUCGAUUCAGACGUUACUGAGGGAGUAAUAACGGCUCGAAGUAAUCGGAUGAAAUUCAGGCUAGGUUGCUGUGCGAUAUAUAAACGACAUGAACUAUGAAGUAUAUUAAUAGUUGUAACAAGGUACAAAAGCGGAAUGGGGGAUUGCGUUACUGUGUGACAGCUACGUUAUCAUGAUGUUCUUGAGUAUGAAUCUGUUCCUGUAGGGGCAUGAACUUGCUAAUUCGUUACGUUUGUUAAGGCUACAUAGUUAUUUUUGACAGAUUCUAAAGUAUAAACAGCAACCCCCUUUACCCACAAAGCGAACAAUACAAACAAUAGGACUGUUGUUGUUGACAGUGACCGACGUUUCGACAACCUGUGCGGUAGUCAUCUUCAGGGUCAAAGUGAGUUGUAUCACGCCAGUUGUUGUUAUUGUACUGUGGUUAUUGACCUGAAUGACCUGUCAGUUGUCCAGUAAAACUUUCGACCAAUCAGCAAUCUUUCCUUUGUUUCAAAAUUGGCUGAAAGAGUGGCAGUUGAUCAGAUUCAGUCCUACUUAAAUGAGCAUGAUCUUUUUCCUACAUUGCAAUCAGCCUAUCGACGGCACCAUAGCACAGAAACUGCCCUGCUUAAAGUCAAGAAUGACAUUUUGAUGAAGAUGGAAAAUCCUAGAUUCUGCCAUGUUACACCAUUGCUUUUCCACCUUCAUUGGCUUCCAAUAAGUUACCGUAUAAAGUUUAAGAUUCUACUUUUGACAUUUAAGUGCUUAUAUGGUGAAGCUCCUAAUUAUUUAGUUGAUUUAAUUACUAUCAAAACGCAAUCCAGGUACUCUCUAAGGUCAAAUGAGUCUAUAUUCCUCGAGUUACCAGGCAUUAAGACCCAUCCACCUCUUGGCGAUCGCGCAUUCCAGUCAGCUGCACCUUAUCUCUGCAAUGCAUUACCUUCGGCAAUUCGCAACAAGAAGACAUUGGACACUUUUAGGACUGCUGUUAAAACUCAUUUUUUUAAUUUAGCUUUUAAAUAGAUUAUAAAAGUUAAAAUCUUUAUUACAAAACCUCAAUUAAAAUCCUAUUUACAAUCAACCUGCUGUUACAAAAAAAUCUAAUUAAUUCAUCAAAACACUAUCUACAAUUCCAUCCGUUACAAGAGAAACCCCUCGGCCUUCAUUAGAGAACAAAAACAAUCCUAUAUAUAAUAAGUGAAGAAAGAAAAAACUAUUCAUUUACAAAUUCUAAAAAAUAGAAGUAACUUAAGAAUUAAGAAUUCCAUCAUGCAGAGAUAUUAAGAUACUACAAUCGAAUUAUACUAAUGACGGCUAAACCAGUGUCCAUAAAAAGCCCUAAGUCCCUAAGUAUAAAAGCAUAUAGACACGUAUUUUAGAUAUCCGCAUUAGCGACAUUUAUUUUACAGUCUAAUUAUUUGCUCUAUCUUGCUACGAAACGGCGUUCGCGAACCUCUGAGCCAUGCUAAAUAGAUUUAAUUGCUGGCUUUUAUUGUAGACUUUUUCUUUCUAUUGUAGUUUUUAAUAGUUUCUCACGCUUUAGUCACCUUUAAAAUAAAUUUAAUAUAACAAUAUUGUAAAGCGCAACCGAAUAUAUUCAUAUAGAAGUUGUCGCUAUAUAAAUGUAAAUUAUUAUUAUUAUUAUUAUUAUUAUUAUUAUUAGUAGUAUUGUUAUUAUUAUUAUUAGUUCUCUCGCAGUUGGUUUUGCUUAAUUCCGUCAGUGCCGGUAAAUGUUGACUACGAUUCAGUGGCGUUUGUUCUAGAACAGGACUACGUUCACCCUAACUACUGUUGAAGUGACUCUUGGGUUCAAACCUUUCACAGUAUCAUUAUUAUUGUCAUUAUGCCCUUGCAGGAUACUACAUGUAUAUAGAGACUUCGUCUCCUAGGCGACUAGGUGACAACGCAAAACUUCAAGUGUCAGUUUCUGGAAGUGGCGCAGCUGCUUGUCUCGAAUUCUUUUAUCACAUGUAUGGUGAUACCAUAGAAACCCUUAAUGUUUACAGCGGGAAUGAGCUGGUUUUCAGUGUAUCUGGGAACCAGGACUUCUACUGGAUACCAGCAAUGAAAACGAUAUAUUUGCGAAACAAUGUAAGUUUAAUAUUGUUUUCUUCUAAAAAAAAUCAACACUUGAUUAUGAUUUUCCUCGAUUUCAGGUGGCUAAAAUCUUCACAUAAUAUUUGCAGGAAAUCUUUAGAUAUUAUUUUCUUAGAUCAUCGGUUAAAAAUGAUGCUUUUAUGACAAGAUCUGUCAUACGACCUUGCCAACCUCCUUCACUCCUUCACUACUUUUUUUCUAAAAAUCUUCUACGAUUCAUCAGAUAUACCGAGUGUCAUUGCUUUUAAUUAAAUACUCCAGGAUUCGCACGCACCUUGAAAGUCCUUGAAAGUCCUUGAAUGUUAAAAUAUAAAUUCAAGACCUUGAAAGUCCUUGAAAAUUGCAGUUGGUGCUGGAACGUCCUUGAAUUUCAAUGCCAACAGGAGCAAACGCAGAAAGACCUUAGGGAUAAAAUUACUCAUGUUGUGGAAGAACAAAAAUAGACAUAGACUCAAGGCUCUCUUUUGCACUGAAUGGAGUCAUUGCAAAAAAGGGAAAUGUGUCCUUGAAAGUCCUUAAAAAGUCUUUAAAUUGUUUGUUCAAAAAAGGGUACGAACCCUGAUACUCGCACAAGUGAAGUAUGUUAUGAAAUUACCUGUGUGCUACCUUUUCUCCAGCAAAACUGACCACUAUUUAUAAAUCUAAUUCUGAGGGUAAAGUGAAUCUUAGUUUGCUUUCUGUUGAUUACCUCUCUUUUUUAAUUAUGGCUUUUUAAAUUUUAUUUCGGUUUCCGCUCGCAACGAUCCAACUUAUUUCACUUACUCUAACUGUUUAAAGACUUCCCAUUUUCCACAUUUGUACUUUAUUUAUAGGUAAUCUUUGAAGGAAUUGCGGGGUCGUCAUAUACAGGAGAUAUCGCUAUCGAUGAUGUGGCGAUCACUAGCGGAAGUUGUGAUAAUCGCACUGUGUUUCCGACAAUUCCUAGCAUUGGAGGUAAACAUUCCCCUUGAUUAUUAAGCUUAAAAGUAUUUGGUUACAUUCCGUGUUAUUCCCCAAUGCAUUUACCAUUUUCAAAUAGACCAUAAUGCAGCUUGUUUACCGCCCAAAAUUGUGCAUACCAUUGUCUUCAAUUCCUCUGGGGACCACUGUAAUGCAGCCCAGGAGAAAUUGGAAAGGAUGGUUCUGUAAAAUUCGGAAGGUAAACAAGGUGCAUUAUGGUAAAUGUGAAAUGGUGAAUAAAGACAAAAAGUAUUUUCUCUAUGGGAGACAGCGUGACCUAGUGGUCAAUACUUCUAAUACCAUCCGGCAGCCUCGGGCUUACGUCCCGUUCCGUCUAGUAUAGCUGGAUUUGUUUUUCGGCCAACCCAAAUGCAAAUGGACCACGCUUGUAAAAAGCUGCAGAUUGCCAUUUGCAACUUGUUUUUAAAGCUACCUGCGAAGCUAAGUGCAUUUCCACGUAGAAUACAGCUGAUUUCUUUUAACUCAGGGCCACACUGCCGAGUUGUUAGCCAAGCGAAGUAAAAUAUAUCAGGUUUUUUUUUUUUUUUUACAUUUCUAGCAGGUUUUAAGCAAAAAUUGCUUAUGUUGAUUUCUAUCAGUUUAGUGUGAAACGAUUUUCGUGGGCAAUAUAUAUAUCUUAUUCGAGUUAAUUAAAAUCUACGUAUGAGAUUAAGUCAUGCUACAGACUUUUAUUUAAAGGGAACGGACCUAAUUACUAUAUUUGCACAGUCCUUGAAAAAUGCAUCAGCUCUUAAGUAAUAUAAGGUCAUCGGAUCUAAUCUUUUUUGUGUGUGUUUUCAAGUUUUCCUUUUACCAUUGUUAGGUUUACGACUGGUUGGAGGAUCUGAAAGCUGGGAAGGGAGAGUUGAAGUUUAUUAUAAUAACGUCUGGGGAACUGUUUGUGAUGACUCCUGGGAUAUGUAUGACGCGCAAGUUGUUUGUCGCCAGCUUGGAUUUCCUGGAGCGAUAAGUGCCCCAGGGUCUGCCCGAUUUGGGGCCGGAAGUGGUCAAAUUUGGCUGGAUGAUGUUGCAUGCUCGGGAAGUGAAAGUUCUAUAGGCUAUUGUCGGCACAGCGGAUGGGGUAUCCAUAACUGCGAUCACAGUGAAGACGCAUCGGUGAUAUGCGCAGGAGGUACGUCGUACGUCGAAUUGUUGUCAUGUUAUGUGGGUUUCGAUUAGUAUAGUACCGACCAUUUAACAAUUAAUGAGUAAGGCUGAGUAUCUUAUGAAGAAUUAUGGAGAUCUCCAUAAUUCUUCACAUGAUACGAAAGCCGAAUUCAAUAAUUGUCUUAUUAUUCAUUCAAAAUAAUUCCUAGUUUAAAAAUAUAGCUAAAACAUCCUUACCUCCAUCGAUCCAUCGAUGUUAAGGUCAUCUUCGAUAUAGCCUGCGUACGUAGCUGGCGGUAUUGUGCAGUAGUCGAGUGAUAUUUGGCGGCGGAGCCGUUGUAAUAUAGUCAAGUGAGAUGUGACGGCGGAGCCGUCUUGAGCGGCGAAGCGGCGAGAAAUACCGCCUGCCAGAAAACCAUGAUUUUUCGAAUGCCGCCCACUUUUGUCACCUUAGCUGAUCCCAAUUAAAUCAGCCAAUCAAAGAGAAACCUGCAAUUUGAAACUUCCGAUUAUUUUCGCGCGAGACAGUUAAGAAAUAAGCGUUGACAUGCUAAACACGACUCCUAAGCUCGUGAUAAUAUGAAACGUGACCUUGUGAGUUUGCUUAAACAGAGGUUUUUUUUUAUUUUCUCGGCUCUCGCGCGAGGGUUAUACUAGCACUGCACAGUGCAUGUAUCAUUCUAAACUUUGACUGAGUAAAUUUUUUUUUGCCACACAAGGCUUAACAUUAAAAGGUCAUGAAGCUGGUUUGUUACAUGCAUACUGAGUAACCAUUUCCUGUGGUUUAUUCCUCUGAAGGUGUUCCUGAUAGGAUUUGAUCUCAGAUGCAGUUGUUAAGUGUUUUAAGUUUCUUUGACCUUAGUUUCUUACGGCUAAAUAAAGACAAUUCCAGCGCUGUGAAGUUUAAAGACGCCAUUUCGGCAAUUUGGUCAUCAAUUAUGCCCUUUUUAAAGAGGAAACCACAAUCACUUACGUCUUUUCCAGUUUGCCAUCUGCUCCCUUAAUAGCGGGAAAUGUAUGCGAAGGAUCGUCUAACAUGAUUCACAUAUGUAUGGCCCUCGACCAAUCCGUUUCUUCGCACACUGGUGUGCGGACUAUUCAAAAUACCGGGGUUUUCUGGCAAGCGGUAUUUCAAUCGCCUCGUUCCCACUCCCUUUUUUUGGAACACGGCUCCGCCGCCAAAACGUUAAUCUCGCACCCACACAAUGCCGCCAGUUACGCAGGCUAUCUUCGAUAGUGCACACGUUUAGGGUUGUUCAGCUCCGCAAAUAUUCUCCAAAUAGCAGAUGUCGCCCUUCGAGUUGUCUUCCUGUUGUUCUUGCCAUUUUUUUAAGCUAUUUUUUCGCCUAGUUCUUACUCUUGGAACGGAUGAAAUGUCCGUCAUUUUUGUUCCCACAAUCAAAACAACCCAACCUCGUCCCCAGAUCUUCUCGGUUAACGGUGCCUUAACCUGCACGAACGCUGCAUUUUUGACGUCAUUUUCUCGCUAAACACAAAAUUCUUCCAACUAUGGUCAUCAGUAACUGGUUAUGGUGAAUUAUGCGUGUACUUUUAGCCUAUCAGAAUUGCGGAAAUAUUUUGUAUGAAUAAUAAUCUGAUAUAAAUGGUGUAGAUAACAAAUUAGAUAAAUGUUAAUUUGACGCACAUAUUACAUUUUAUAACCACUAUCAUGGAAAAUACACUACUAAUAGAGUAUGUUUUAUUUUGUUUUUGUUUUUUGUUGUUGUUGUUGUUUUUAAUGAGUAUGUGACAAUGAAUUUUUCAGAGCUUCCUGGUAUAAAUGCUUUAAAAACGAAGUUGUCAAUGUUAGUCGAGGGACAAAGAAAAUAUCAUUGUUCAACUGUGAUUUUGUUUGUAUACUUGCUACCACCUGAACUUAAAGUCGCGAAACGUUAAAAGAAUAUUUAGCUUCUCAACUUCUCUAUACCAAAAGCAUUAACAACUUAUGUGCCAUGGACAAUGAUUUUUCCUUUUUUAAAAUUUAUUUUUGGUCGUAGACGUAAUUUACCACGACAGUGUUUUUUUUUUUUAAUGAUGAUUUUUUCGCAUUAUUUAAUGAUGCUUUGCGUUCAUGCUUAUAUUAUCUUCCAUUUAAUAGUCUUUUUUUUCCUACGGCCAAUAGAAUUCCUAAUACAGUCAACUCUCGCCUUGAGGACACCCUGUUAUGACGGACAACCCUAUACGGACAGCAGCUAAAUCUCACGCAAAAAAAAUGAAUUACAGAUGUUCGACUGAAAUAAACUCCCGCUAUUACGGACUCUCGCUAAUAAGGACAAUAAUUUAAGGCCCCUGUGGUGUCCGCUAUAAAGGGAGUGCAGUAUUUUCAAUUAACUUGUUGCCAUUGCUUAUUUCAUAGGUUGCGGAGGAAGCUUAAAUCGAUCAUUUGGCCAGCUACAUUUUGGCCCGAAAGGUUAUCACGGUAAUAUGCUGUGCACCUGGUCAAUUGGAAAUGUAGGAAUCCAGCAAGCAGUUGCACUUAUUUCAAUACAAGAACUCAACCUGACAUAUUACAAGUGAGUUAAAUGAAGCAAUGUCUUCCAUAGGGAAUGAAUAAGAUUUAUUUUUUCUCUUUUUUGUUUAAAGCCGACGGAGCGGUUGUUUUGCAAAAUGUAGAGAUUGUAAAAGAUAAUAUCAAAGGAAAGCAAUAAAUAACUUCCUUUCUACUGUUGUAUUACGUGUGUAAUGUGCAGAUGUGUUAAACGUUGAAUAGAUGAACAGAUGAGCGGACAGAUGAUUUGAGUGGGUUGGAAAGAUUUGGAGAUGAAACGACAGCGAGAAUAGAUGAGUGGAAGGAUGAAAGGCAGAUAAGCUCUAAUCCAGCAUUAAAAUGUUGUUUCGUUUUUGUAUUUUACCCUCUUACCUUCCUAUGUAAUGGUUAGAGUAACAUUUAAUGUUAUCCAGUUACUGUAUCGCGGAAAAAAGGCUGAACAGUAUUUUGUACGCUUGAGCUGCACGUUCUUAUACCGGAAAUUAUUGCUUAAAGUUUGGCUUAAACCUGGGUUAAACUUAACCGUCUUUCGGGGAACCGGGCCAGGAGAAAAAAACAAAAACAAAAACAAAAAAUACAUGGCCGAGAAUAGCUACAAUCGGCGACAAAAUGAGUUGAGACACUUCGCCCAAAACUGGGCUUUUUCACGUUUUAUUAACGAGUCCUCAGUAGCUCAGAGGUCAGAGUAUCCGAUCUAGAACACGGAGGGUCGUGGGUUCGAAUCCCAUCUGGGGCUCAGAUUUUUUCUGUGUCCUCUUAUGGUUGAUUCUUUACAUCUCCCUUUAUUUCCUUUAUAUUAUUAACUUCAAAAGGAGGAAAUAUAGCUUUCCUUUUCCAUCCCUCCCGUGCAAUGUUGUGCCCUUGUUCUGGCUGCCUAUAGAAAACAACAAACACCCCAACUUUGAAUGGAGGGGACAUGGGAGGGGUGCGGAUUCUUUUGUUCUCCGAAAUUACCCUAUUUAAGUACAAUGUCUCAACAAUUUUGUUGCCGAUUGUAGGUUACCACUAUCAAUGACAAAAUAUGUUUUUUUCCUCUUUAUUUUACAGUGAAUACGUUAAAAUAAUGGAUGGGAGCGGUGCAACUGUGCUUAUUCGUUAUGGAUACUCAUCGACUCCCCAAAAACCUUUUAGGGAAGUUAAUUUUGGAAACUGUGAGAAUAUCACCGUUCAAGUCUAUCUGUAUGGUAGUUACAGUAAUGUCAGGCUUCAAUUCGGAAUUGUACAGCAGGGACUACAAUCGGGUUAGUUUCAUCAUUUUAGUUAAGAUAACAUUAAUAUUGCGAGCUUUUGUAUUUCUCACCAUACAUACAAUACCCAAAGAAAGCACAGAUCUCCCUUUUACAGACUUACUUUCCCUAUGCGAGGCGUUGUUCUCCCCAUUACUCGGCUACCUAUGUGAACGGAUUUGGAAGCUCUUGCCCAUUCGAAUCUAGGCGUUGCAAAUAACGUGCGAAAUUUAAUUUUAAUAAACAUUCUUAAACUCAACCAUCGCUAUAAUCUCUAUCAUCAUCGUUAACUAAUAAACUUUAUUGCUGUCUUUUUAGCUCACCUAGUGUCCAGUUGGAACGUAUCCAUACAUAACAAAACAGCAACUAGUAUGGGAGUUUCUUGGAAAAAUCUAUCAGCAUUGCUGAGCCAAAGCAUUCCUCACUUUCUAAGUGUCAUAAAAAGCGCCAAUGGAAGUAUAGUGAGUGGAAAUAUCCUGCAAGGAAAUGCCACAUAUGAUGUUUUCUAUGGUCUGUCGCCAUAUAUGGAAUAUCGACUCAAUGUUCUUGGUGUAAAUGAUAACGGAAAUGUUUACAAGACUUCAGAGGUCACAGAGUGGACUGAGGAAUCGGGUAUGUUUAUAGAAUUAACAGCGCAAUUACGUUAUUGGUUGCCUUGCCUGCCAAAGCCUUGUUUCUAACUUAUCCAUAACUGCUUUGCGUGCUGUAUUUCUUCCAGUUCCUGUUCGUGCUCCUAACAAUAUAACGUUCUCUGAAGUAAGAGAAACGCAGUUCAAAGUUACUUGGAAUCCUCUUCCUCAGCAGUUUCACAAUGGCCGAUUGUUGGGCUAUAGAGUUUACUUCAGGAGGAGCGCCUAUUUUCCAAUGCCAUUUAAUACAAGCAGUUUAGUCACCAGCAGUCCUAACAUGACAUGGGCAUUGAUAACAGGACUAGGACCGGCUCAGCGUUAUGAUGUUUCUGUGGCGGCGUAUACAUCCAAAGGAGAAGGACCGCGUUCCUCUUUUUAUUAUGUUACCACAGGUAAAACCUAAAGAAAAAUAGUCAAUUUUAAUCCUGAGGCAUCACUAUUAAAAACAAAAAAUCAAAAAACAACAACAAAAAAAAGGAAUGGGGGGAUGGGUAGGGGAGAGCUGAGCGGGGUAUGAUUUGUGCACAGGGUGUUUGUCUGGAGGGGAGGGGUUUUGAACAGCGGAUGAACUUCGGCGGUCAGCCAACGUUGUGUCUUGGUAAUUUUUUUAUUAAAAAUAAAAAUACCAUCGUGGUUAUUAUUAUUAUUAUUAUUAUUAUUAUUAUUAUUAUUAUCAUUAACAUUCCUACGGUUUGUCAAAUAUAUUUUCUUAAGAUGAAGAAUGAGACUGUAAAAGUGCAUCCUGAGAGUUUUUAUUUAGCGUUUAAAGCGGACUCGAAACUGUUUUCUUAUUAUCUUCCUUACAGUUUGCAAGGUGGUGGUCAACCAAUCAACUGGCGGUAUAAAUGUGACACAUUAUGAUUACACCAGCUUGUACUGCUUCUGGUCAAUUGGGAAUGUCGGUAUCCCCCAAGCAAUUGGUCUAGUGCUAAUUCAGGAGAUGAACUUUGGAUAUUGCAGGUAUUACUUGAUAUUGCUACUUUAUUCAAUCCGAUGCAACACAAUGCUUAAAUUCAAAUCAGAGCACUAUUUUAUUAUGUGUUGGGGACCAUAAUUAUUAAUUAUGAUUGAUUUGUAGAUAGAAGAAACCACUUAAACCAUUGUAAUUUUGUUACAAUUUAGAGUUCGUUACAAGAACAGCCCUUUUGCUUUUGGUAUAGCUCUCAUUAUCUGUAACAAAGGACCAAAAAAUAAGUGGAGCAUUAAAACGGGAUAUGAAAUAUCAUAGAAUGGCUCCUUUGCGUGCUCAGCGUCAUGAACUAGGUGCUUUCAUAUCUUGUAAAGAGAGUGGACUUCAUGAAUGGUUUUAUGCUUCAUAUGACUGAAGAAUGUGUCAUUUCUCCAACUGCUAGCAAGGGGUCGUUCCUGCCAUCCGAAAUAUUUUAAUUAUGUGUAUUUUCGAGACAUGGAAGAGAGGCACAGAGCCUCUAUGCUCACUGGAAGAAAAAAAAAAUAGCGUUACAUUGAAACCCCGCCAUCAGGUACCUCAGUAAUACGGUCACCUCGUUAUUACGACCACUUUUUUUGUCACCUUGCAAAAUGGCCAUACAGUUCCUUGUAAAAAAAAAAACCUCGUCAUUGAAACGGUCAACCGUUAAUACGGCCAAACUUUUGUGGCCCACUGAUGGUUGUUUUAACGGGGUUCCACGGUAACUGACUCAAUAAUCACUCUCUAAAGGAACAUGAAGUAUCAAUGGAAAGGUAUAAUUCUCUUAACGGGCUGUUUUGUUUUCUGUCCUUAUUACCACAGUGAAUAUUUCAAGAUUUUUGACGGCAAUGGGGCUCUGAAAUUUUACCAAAGCGGCUGCUCGUCCUCUGUUGGUGGAUCAUUAGUAGAGGUUCCGUUCUUCGCCUCACACAACGUAACAGCAAGUUUCAACUUGCAUCGCUUGGGAAGUAAUAUCAAGGCUGAUUACCUGAUACUGGGAAAAAGCGUUUAUGCAGGUACAACCCAACUUUAAUUGGCUUCAUUGCCUACAAGCCUAGUAUGCGUAGCCCUUCUUCUUUACAAAACACCUGGUUCGGCCAGUCAAUUCUGAGUUUUAUAACGCCGUGACAUAAAAAUAUAGCACUACACUUCUUAAAACCAGGAAAAGGAAGUUUAGCUUUCCGUAAUCAUGGAAGUAGUAUACUAUGUUGAAAGAUAAGCCCCGUUUUCCCCCUGUCUUCCCCUGUCUUCCCUUUAUUAACCCCAUUCAGACUGGGGGGGGGGGGCUUUUCGAACUACCCCUCCGGCAAAAUCGUGAUAACUCCUACACCGAAAGAGCUAUGACGUUCAAAUUUUCUGACUUUUCCUAAAAUUUAUCUAGGAACAUUUUGGUAUAAUUACCAUGUCCAUGUGAUUAAUCAUGUUGCCAUGGCAACCAGUUUCUGACAGAUAGGUUUUGGAAAAUUUAAAAAAUGCUGAUUUUUUUUGUUUUAAGGUCGCGUUUUUACACUUAUAAUGCUUUUUGUCGUUAAAAUGGUCUUUGCUUGGGACUAGUUUUUGAAUUACAUCAAAAUGUUUCAACAUCGAAUUUUUGGGGGGGGGAGGGGUGGGGUAAAAUUUGUAACUUUUUUGCUUUGACAAACAUGCUGCUCUCUUUUCCAAAUAACACUUCCAAAGUCAUUUGUUUGGGUAAUAAACAUUAGUUUGAUACUUCUUUUAUACAUUCUGAGCUUUUUCCCCUUUGAAAGUUGCUUUAAAUGAUAAUUUUAACAAAAAAACGGAAAUCCAAGAUGGCGGAUCCAAGAUGGCGGACAACCAUUUCAAAUUUUAAAUUUUAUUGCUUCCUAUUGCUUUUUCUCGCUGUACAAGUGUUUCCUUGUUACUAGUUCAUAAGAAAGGAUAACAAAGAGAUGACUUUACCAAUAUUAUUGAUAUUUUACGUAUCUAAGUGGAAAAAUAAUAAGAAAUAUUGAAAAAUCGGAAUAUGACGUCACUAUGACGUCAUCAUUGGGCGUGGCAAGUCAAAACUGGGUGUGGGGCUUCUUUGUACAGAGAUGAUCAUUGUGUGUAAAUUUCAUGACCCUAGCAUUAUUGGUUGCAGAGAUCCAGAAGGGGGGUCCGAGGAGCCCCCCCCAAGUCACAGAUUGACCAAAAAAGCCCAGUCUGAAUAAGGUUAAUAUGCAUAAGGGUCGAGUCCAUGACGUCACCCAUUGUUAUAACCUAGGGGAAAAAAAUGCGUUCCUCCAUACUGAUGAGGGUCUUCCUGCAUACUACUUCGGUAUAGGUUUACUAAUGAGCGUCUCUCUACUUCAAUAGAAACAAUAGACUUGCCUAGACUUGCCCGUGAAGUAACCCGAGCUCGGUUUUCGGACCGUCUAUCAAAAGGAAAAUAGGAGCGAUCACCUAGCAACGCGACAAACGGCUUCCUAUAUCUUAUUUAGCGCUAAAACUCAGAUAUAUAUAUAAACACAAAGUGGAGUUGAAAAGUCUUUAUUUCAGUUUAGUUUAUGUCUUUUUAUUUAGCUCUAAAACUCGGAUAUAUCAACGAAAAAUACACAAAGGGGAGCCGAACACGCUUUAUUUCAAGUUUGUCUGACUAUUACAGAACCGUUUUCUCCCAUCUAUCUCGAGGAAGUGAAAGUCGUGUCAUUUUCACGCACGGUUAAUCAGUUAAUUAUGCGAGUUCACAAGCCCAAAGUUGAAUACAAAUUAGCUCUACAGGAAAAACCUCGAGGGAGCAACCUUGACGUAUUAUUAUAAAACAAAUAACUUAACAAGGAUCAAUUAAAACACGCUACUCAUAAUUGCUAGCAAUAAAAUCAGGCACGAGAUACCGUUUAAAACAAAAAGAGUCGAAUACACAGUGAUUUGAAAGAAAUCUAUUAGAACAGUCAAAGAAUGCAAGCCAUACUUUUUUUUACAUUGCGCACGGUCCGAAAACCGAGCUCAAGUUACUUCACGGGCAAGUCUAGGCAAGUCUAUUGUUUCUAUUGAAGUAGAGAGACGCUCAUUAGUAAACCUAUACUGAAUUAGUAUGCAGGAAGACCCUCAUUAGUAUGGAGGAACGCAUUUUUUUCCCUAGGUUAUAUCAAUGGGUGACGUCAUGGACUCCACCUUAUGCAUAUUAAUAAAGGGAAGACAAGGGAAGACACCAACUGGGCUUAUCUUUCAACAUAGUGUACUACUCAUGGAGAUGUUGGCGUAAGAUUACGACCACUUCAUCAUUAGUUUUGUCUCUUUUAAUUUAUUUCCAUUUCUUAAAAUGUACUCGGUCACUUAAAACUUGGCCAUUAGUUUCCCUUGGUUCAAUUUGAAGCUUGGCGAAAGUAGACUUUAGUUAUUUAGCACGAUUCUAUAACUUUUAAUAUAUAGAUUUAGCCAGGGCUUAAAGCGAAGCUCGUAUUAACUGGAAUUUAUAAUUUAAAUAAACAAUAAUCUUGUAAUUUCCACAAUUCAGUUAACUUUAGAGCACAUUCAUGUGACUUUUGAGGGAAAGGCUAAGUGAUUUUAGGGAAAACUAAUUUGCAAACAGUCCAAGCUAAGGGUGAACUCAAUCUUACAUCGCGUUGAUAGCCUUAGAUGUACACCAAAAAAAUAGCAUAGCCAUAAUGGCUCUUGAUCACAGUAGAUUAGGCGUGGAAAACAAAUUCUUGAAAAACAAAUCAGGCCGAAUUUUUGGCGUUUGACAAGUUUACUUUACAAAAUCUUCCCAACAAGUGUGGGGACGUGUAAACCAACAUUUAUAUACUUCUUAUACAUCACAUCUGAAGUGAAACAGUACUAUGAGGCUCUGUUUUUAUCAUACAGCCCUCGGACAGAAUGCAGUAUUUCACAAUUUUUCAAUACAAAUUGCACUCAUUUAAUAUUCAGGAUGAUGGAAGCACGCGUGGGCUUUCAGCGAAACCGUUAAAAAAAUUUCCAAAAUCCCCUAUACGGGUGGCCGGUUCUCACUUUUGACAACUGCCAAAGUCGACUGUUUAAAUUAAGGUUAAUAGUUAUACGCUUCAACAUAAUAAAUAAUUUAUUCUGUUUAUUUUUUAUCUAAAGGUUUUAUAACGAUGUGUAAUCUUCAAAAGCGUUUGAUAUGCAUGGCAUUUUGACAAGUCGUGCAAGCGAUGUUCAUGAGCGACUGAAAACAAACUGACUACGAACUACGCUCGACUUCAUUAAAUUAGAAAUAAAAAAGAAACAUCAAAUAAAAUAAUUACUCAGGCCUACCAUUUGAGAUGCACUGAAAACUAUUAAGUAAGGCUAGAAUCGCUUCAGACUUUUCAACCCUCUUAUGCAUCAAGCAAGGUGAAAAAAGAAAACGAUAUCAUCCGAAAUCGGAUUUCCGACUUUGACUAGCGACGUAUUUCUCUACCAAAAAACCAAUAAACAAACUAGCCAUGAAUAACAGAAGACUCUUGAUAGCAGCUGAAUUUCAUUUUAUACAUUCAGUGGAAAAAGACACUUUUGACACAAAAUUAAACUUUGUCGGCUUCAGCUGUCAAAGUAAACAAGUUUCAAGAUGCUGCAUAAAUUUUCCACAUGAACUCUCCUGUCAAGUUUUGACCAAUCAGAGCAUAAAAAUUGGACGUAGAGCGCGACCAACGCGUGACCUUGGUGAGAAAGUCAAUAGCAACUGGCAUGUCUUCCCUGUCUGUAAAAACUGGCUGAAUUUUAGCUUCUUAGGUCAGUUUGAAAUGAAAUUUUAAUUGUGCGGCACAUAUAAAACACAACAUAUUGCAUAUGAAUUAAAAAAAAUUAAACUUGAGCCUGCAAUCAUUUGAAAACUAGUAACUUGUCAGCGGAUAACUUCAAAAAGAUACUUGACCUCGAUGGGUCGAGACCUGAGCCCGCGAUACGAUCAGGUGAUGCUGGUCAGCGGAUACCCUGUUUUGACAGCUGUCAAUUGAUCACAACAUUGAUGUGCAAUUUGUGUGCAAUAUCAGUCUUCCUGUGCUUCCAAACUAGCUACAAAGUGUGAAAUUGAGCAUUGGUUGCCCUGUGGUGCGGACGGACGGGCGGGCAGCGGGCGGGCGGUGCACGGUCACGUGAUUACCAAAUUUUCUGGGAUGGGUAGAUUUACUUACCCAUGGUGCUCCGCAGGCGCGCUUUGUGCGCCAGAGCUCCGCUAUUAGUCAUUGUUAUUAGCUGGAAAUUGUUCCCAACAGCGUGUUCUCUCAUUGGUUACUUCGAGGUCACAUGUCAUCCAACAAUAAAACUGUUUCGCGCUAAAAUCUAUGAGCAAGAACAUUGCAAAAUCUAUAUGACGUCAGUUACCCUCGGAUGUUGACCGACGGCCGCCAUUACAGCGAAGUUUAAUGAAUUUUCAGCCAUAUAACAAAUCGCUUUUAAGACUAAUCCAUCGGGAAGUAGUUUUGUUUCGUCGAGACCACUACUUAUGAAGGGUUUUACUGUUUCAUUCUUUCAAUUUCUAUUUCUAUUUGUGUUAAAACACUUGAUAGACUUCUGUAUAUUUAUUAAUGCAUGUCUUUUUUUGAUAUUUAGCUCAAAUGCUUUUUGAUUGGAAUUUAACAGUGGAGAACAUCACCUUCUCAAGCAUAUUGAUUCGGUGGACAAACCUUACCAACGUUCUCAACCGUAAAGUUCGUCAUUACGUUGUCUUCUUAAACAGAAGAAAUAACACUGUCACAUUGCAUCAGGUUGUCAAUGGGGAUCAAUUAACCACGGAAAUCAACGGACUCACUUAUUCAACAAAUUAUUCUGUGGAAGUUGUUGGGGUUGACACUAUGGGGAAGCCUUACAAAACUCCAUCAGAAGCCACCAUGACGGCAAACCGUAAGGGAGAAACGCCACUGUUUUUUUUGUUUUUGCUUUUGUUUGUUUGUUUUUUUCUCUGUGAAGAGGUCUGUACAAUUUCGAAAAAGUCGUGAAAUUUUCCUGGUAAUUUUCCGUACCAGGAAAAAGUCUGGAAAAUAGAGCUAAAGUUUUGGAAAAAGUCAUGAUUAUUUUUUAUUUUUUUUUUCCUCAAGUCUCUAUUGAUCACCUAUUUGAUAACCUUGAGCGUGGAAAAAAAUAUAUCCUUUUGGAAAAAAAAACAGGGAAAAGUCUUGAAUUUUGGAUCAAAAAUCUGCACAAAUUAACAAAUAAUAAAUUUUGAAAUUUGCUACUUUUAACUUUUCAGCUUUACGGAGAUUAGUUUAGAGAAUUUUGAAUGUGGAUUGGGACUAAAGGGGUUGACUACCGCGUAUCAUGAUUUCCUUAUUGGUCGACAAGCUGUGAAGCGAAAUUCUCGCAUCUGUUAAAUGAUUAAACUUUACCGUUACCUUUUUCUUUAUAAUUGUGGACAAAUUUGAUGCAAAUAGUAUGCUACUUUCCAAACCAUGAUGGAUUUUAGGUUUAAGAGCUAUCUCAUUUACACCUUUUGUCACUUUUUUUGUAGAGUUUAACUGUAGAAAACGUCUUGAGCAAACACAGAAAUUUAUCCUUACUUGCAACAUUCGUAUUAUUUUUUUGUUGUUUGUUAAUGGAAAUAUGUUAUUCAUGGAGUAAUUAUAUUAUCAUUACAGUAACAUGCGGUAUAAGGCCCAGUGUCUAUACUGCAAGGAUUGUUAACGGGUCCGAGGUACCUGUAAAUGGCUGGCCCUGGCAGGCAAUGCUACUAUCAAGCAGCGGUAGUCAAUUCUGUGGAGGAUCCUUAAUCCAUCCUCAAUGGGUUUUAACAGCAACUCACUGUGUAAGAAGCAGGGCUCUGUCAGAUGUUAAAGUGAGGUAAGAGUAAGAAGUCUAACUAUACACGGCUUUACGAUCAAGUGCAAAACCAGUACAUUGGAAUUGGAAGUGCAACUCUAAAUGUGCUUUCACUACAAGAUGAUAUAUAAACUGGGAAGGAGGGUUGGGGGGAGGUUACUGGUAUGUACCGUCCACAAAAAAAGCUAGGACAGGACUUUAUGGCGUGGCCUACUACUACAAAGAAGUAUAAUCAAUCAAUACCCAGUUCUUCUUUAUUAACAAUUUGGUAGCCUGGAAGGGACAUUCCUAUCUUUAAUCGAAUCCCAUUUGAGAAUAGUCAAUAAAUUGUAGGAUUUAGUGAAAGGAACAAAUCCAUAAAAAUCAUCUACGUCUCGUUUGCAUUCAAACGUGGGAUAACACGAAAGGUGAAUGAACUGUGCAUAUAUAUAUAUAUAUAUAUAUAUAUAUAUAUAUAUAUAUAUAUAUAUAUAUAUAUAGGCGAUUGAGAGCGAGCGCGCGCUUUUCAUUCUAAAAUUUAAAUUUCAAACGUUAUAUGUAACCGUUUUUAUCACGCGAUCACUUUUCUUGAUGUAGACCCUGACGCUUCAGUUUUAUAAUGGAGUUUAACUGAAGAGUGGGUCACCUUUUCGGUGGCCUACGAAACAGGCUUGUAUUAAACACCCAUGUACUCAGGAUUUGAGUAGUUCACCUACUGGUCUAUAUAUAUAUAUAUAUAUGUACAAGUAAGACCAGUAAUAAUUCUGCUGAAAUAAUUUACUUCCCGCCUUUACCCCUGUAGAUAUUUAGCAACACUUCUCAUUCUAGAGGAUGAUGCACGAACAAAAAAUUAGGUGUUAUUAAGCAAUGGGAUGCUGUAACCGGUUCGUUAUUAUUGUUAUUACUAUUAUUAUUAUUAUUAUUGUUAUCAUUAAUUAUUAUUUUUCUAUCAUUUUUCUUUUUUUUUUCUGUUUGUUUAUCUAGAUUGGGAGCACAUUACAGAUUGUGGUCUUCCGUUGGAACAGAACAAGACUUUGACGUUAUAAAUAUAAUUCUGCACGAAAACUAUAACUCUCCGAAUCAAUAUAGCAACGAUAUUGCCUUGCUUAGGUUAUCAAGACCAGCUGUGCUUGGAAAAGGAGUUGGCCUAGUUUGUCUCUCAGAUCCAAACUUUCAGCUUCCAUUUGAUAAUUCUAACAAGCCCUGUUGGAUCACUGGCUGGGGAAGACUUUACUACUUAGGUCCACAGCCAAACGCACUCAUGCAGGUUGAUUUACCACUUGUAUCCAAGCAACGCUGUCUCAGUUAUUACCCUGGAAGCAUAGACGAUUCCAUGAUAUGCAUUGGGAAAGCCCAGGGAGGUCAGGGUGCCUGCAAUGGCGAUAGCGGAGGGCCGCUUGUGUGCGAAUUUAAUGGUAAAUGGUAUCUUGAAGGAGCCACGAGCUGGGGGGGCCUUCCUUGUGCCGCCCCUUUAAAGCCAACCGUGUACGCAAACAUUCGUAACUUAAAAUCCUGGAUAAUCAACAAAAUGAAUGGAUUUGUUACCGCUUCUCCACCUCCAUCUGGCGCCUCAGGUAUAGUCUGAAGAGGAACGUGAAUAAUAAUAAUAAUAAUAAUAAUACAUGUAAUAAUAAUAGUAAUAAUAAUAUUUACUAAUUCUCAAGUCAUUAUGCUUUAAGGCCUUUUGAAACAUACAGCCCAAAACGCAGGUAAUGGUCCUCUGUAUUGGUAGUCCUCAGAUCUCUCUCUGUCAAUCACUCUCCCCAAUUAACUCAAGGCCAACUUGUGUUUUUCUCGUUGUGUGAACAUCGAACAGGCAAAACUAAAAAAAAAACAACAACAACAUAAAACAACAACUUUAUUUAUUUAUUUACAUCUGGGCGGUGUACAAAUUAAAAUUAACGGUCUCCACUGAACAAACAAAAGUUUACAGUUCGUCAAAUACAAGUAUGAAAUGGCUUAAGUAAGAUAGGAGAAAAAUCAACAUACCUUAAGUGCCAACGAAAUAGGGUUGAUUAUUUCUGUCAAACCAUAGUUAAUUAAAGUGGAAUGGUCGGGAAACCCUUUUUUAUAGGUUUUUUGCUAGCGUUUUUGGACCCUACCGUGCACAACGUUCAAUAGCCUUCCUAUCAUUUUGAAGUUUUUGACUAAUCGAAACUUUGCAUUAAUUUAUUCAGUCUUGAUUUGUGGACAGAAAACAAAGGAUUGUGCACGGUCAGGGAGUUUUCAAUAUAACCUACAGCACCAUUGUCUUCAACUUUGAUCUUUACCGGGUUCCCUAACCGGUCUCCCCUACUAACUAUGAUCAAACACAUUUAAAACUGGUCUAAGCGUCUUGCACCCUUCGCCAUUGCAGAAAGGCUGAGGCAGUAUCUAAAAGAAUCAAAGGGUGCCCAUGGCUAACUCGUGGAUUAAUUAUUUUAGAAAUAAAAGCUUAAAAUGAACUUGCAAUAAGUGAACCGCAUAAUGUAAGUCGGUAAAAAUGUAACCCAGGCCACUGGCGAUAGAGUGAGAUCAACGGGUUUUUAGGGAACUUAAGAACCACGACGAAGUUCACGACGACGACGUCUGUUGACUGGGAAAAGACUGGGACGAGAAAGUCAGUUUCGGCUAGAAAAAUGAAACUUAAGAUGCAGUCGAUCGGUCGACGACGACGACACUGAAUGUAAACGAAAUGUAAACACAAAAUUAAAACUGUGAUGAAAGAUGGACCUUUUCUCGAACAGAAUCCGUUUUAAUUUUGAAAAUCGGUUGAGUAGAACCACUAUCCCUUUAACUUUAAACACUUCUGGUAGAAGUUGUGUUCGAAAAUGGCGCGUCUCGAGCAAGCGAGCCAUUGUCUUAGGCCCGAGAGUGAAUAACAAUCGUUGUCAAGACUAAUACAAUGCGCAUUCAAGAAAACCACUCAGUUGUAAAAUAGUUCACAAUUGCCGCCAAUUUCAAAGCCAAUACAGUGCAACAUCUGACUCAUGCGAACUGCCAGACAGAUCGCGUAAUGAGCAACGCUAAGAUCGACGAUAACGUCAACGAUCGGUAGCUUUUUUCAAGGCUCAUAGACAACCCGAUCAUUCCCCUGCUAAUCCACAUGGUCCCUCCCUUUAUGGAUAAAAGAAGAUCCAGUGUUCUCUCCACAAACUAACGGAGAAGCAGUCUGGGAAUCGCGUCAAGUUUAUGGUGACCCGAUGAUGGCGUUUGAUUUGAUCCAACGAAGCAUUCUACCGUUAGGAUACCAGCUUUUUGAUUCAUCCCGGGACCGUAUUGGAAAUGCAGUCGCCGCAAGCAUCAGACGCUUCUGCCAAAAAACACAAGCCACCACAAACGGUAAAGAACGAAAACGAUUGAAAGCAGAGACUGGCUAAAACUAGCUAUAAACCCGGACGAAAUCCAGCGAACACCCAAUGACGUUAUGGCGCAACUUAUUCAACAAAACAGCAAGCUAAGCACGACGGUAAAAUAGAGGGCUUCCGACUUGUAUGACGACUGAGAUGCAAAGUUAAAAAAUCGUGGGACUCAUAACAGAAUGGUCAGCUUAGACCAGCUUGGGGAGGCGAAGAGAAAUUGCUGAUCUCUUCGUCAUGUUUAUCGCCUGCAUGAGUCAGAAAGCCUAAAAAAUUCAUAGCUAAAGUCCACAUGAAGCCAACUUAUCGUCCCGUGAAGCUAUAGCACAAAAUCUUAACAUCAAAAUUCCUGAUUACGGAACGGGAACGAUCGAUCUACGAUAUCGAUAUCGAUAUCGGGCGUUAUCGUGCGAGCUGACAAAUUAUGAAAGCCGUCUAAACCCGAGUGACACAUUUGCAUUUUGCGGAACCCACAAUAAGGGUUGAUUUCCACUGUCGUGUAAUUUUUACGUGCGUACGUGAAUAAGUUUACGUUCGCAAAUAAGAUAGAAGCAAUGCAUGAACGGUCGCUCGUUAGCGUAAAAGUUGAACCUCGCUCAACUUGACGUUUAAUCUCAACACUUUAUAUCUUGCCUCUAUUUUAUUAACGUGAUUAAAAUUUACGAGCGGUUAGCGCGUAGACAAAAACUUGUCAGUGGAAAUCAACCUUAACUCGUUCCUUGCGCUAUGCGUAAUCCACAAGUCAAAGAAAAAAAAAACACACACACACACACUGGAAAUACAUUUCACAUUUCACUUACCCUUAUUUUCUUGUACCUUAGGUCUGAGACUUGUUGGAGGAUCUGGAAGCUGGGAAGGAAGAGUUGAAGUAUAUCACAAUAACAUCUGGGGAACUGUUUGUGAUGACUCCUGGGAUAUAAAUGACGCACGAGUCGUUUGUCGCCAGCUUGGGUUUCCUGGUGCGGUUAGUGCCCCAACGAAUGCCCGAUUCGGACCCGGGAGUGGUCAAAUCUGGCUGGACGAUGUUGCAUGUUCGGGAAGUGAAAGUUCCAUAGUCUAUUGUCGGCACAGAGGUUGGGGCUCUCAUAACUGCGUCCACAGUGAAGAUGCAUCGGUGAUAUGCUCAGGAAGUAUGUUGGACGUGACAAUAUUCAAUAGUCAUAUCAUAUGCAUUUCGCUUAGUAAGGGAGCUGAUAAUGUGGGAGAACGUCCUAAUAUAAAUCCUUUAGAAAACUGAUUACAUAUCGUGGGCGAUACAUAAGUAAUAGAGUUGAGGAAAAAACAUAAGUUAUGAUUAGAGUUUGUUUGUUAGCGUACAGUGCGCAACUACCACCUGAAUCUCAAAGCUGUGAUUAUUUGAAAAAAUAAAAUAAAAUAAAAUAAGCGAAUUCUCUCUACCAACAGCACAAACAACGUCCGUGCCCUGGACCUCGCCGUCUGUCCAAGCAUCUUGUAACUUUGACUAUGGAUUGUGUUAUGGAUGGAGUCAGUCUUCCUCAGACGUAUUUGACUGGACACGCCAAAGAGGAAGUACUUCGUCUUCAAAUACGGGGCCUUCGUCAGAUCACACCACUGGAAACGGUAGAAACAAUUACGCUGCAAAUUGAAAUGAAUUCGAAUUGAUUGAAGCUUAAUAAAAAAAAUAGCAGUAAAUACAAAGCUAAGUGCCCACGAGCAAAGAUUUUAACUAAACGCGUGCGUUGAUCAGUUUGUUUAGAAAUGUCAUAUAGUCAGAAAGAACGCAUUGAAUUUAGUAACUUUCUCAAGAUUAGUGUUUAUCUGGCCUGUAUUUAACGAAAUACAACCAUCGAAAAACUCCAAAAUUUACUAUGAAAUGUAUAGACGUCCGGACGAUGUCUCCGGCAAUACAUACAUCUCUUAAAAAUUGACAAAUUUAUAAAAAGCUGUAUCUUGUAAAGUAUUACCCCGGAGGAAAUUAAACUUCCACUUUUUCAUAACCUCAAUGUCCUUUUCUGACUAUUUGGGUCUCGUGAUAUUUAUCCCAUGAUAAACCGACUCCUUCCCAGCCCCUCUCAAUUUAAAAGUGAAAACUAGGCAGUGGCUUAUAAGCGAAAGUUAACGGCCUUUUUUUUCAAUUGCCUUUUUAGUUUGUUUAAUUUGUUGUUGUUGUUUAAUUAUCGUUCUCCUUUAUGCAGAAUAAUCCAGAUAUUAAAGACAAAUGUCAACUGAUUAACCUAGAACUAUGACAGCACUGAUUUUCACGCCUAGUUCGUUUAUUUUUGCGCGUAGCAAUAACGACCCCAUACUCUUAUCCUUGAGAUGUUUUUCUUUUCAAAUACCAUUUAUUGACGUCCAUAUGGGGAAGAAAAGGGGGCAGGGGGAGGCAUAUUUAACUGUAAACGCUGUAUUGUUAGUAAGGAAGAUAGAGGAUUUACAGAAUGAUUCUUAUUGACUGUUUUGUUGUUAAUAUUAUUAUUAUUAUGCUCUUGCAGGAUACUACAUGUAUACGGAGACGUCGUCUCCUAGGGGACAAGGUGACAACGCAAAACUUCAAGUGUCUGUUUCUGGAAAUGGAGCAGCAGCUUGUCUCGUUUUCUAUUAUCACAUGUAUGGUGAUACCAUAGGAGCUCUAAAUGUUUACAGUGGAAAUGAUUUGGUUUUCAAUGUAUUUGGGAACCAGGGCAACUACUGGAUACAAGCAAGGCAAACAAUUUAUUUGCGAAACAGUGUAAGUUAGAUAAGGGUGAAUUUUCAUGGUGACUUCGCUACAUGUAAUGGUAAUAGAAUCCCUAUUCAGGAACCCUGGAGACUUUUUCACUUUAGAAUCCGGAAUGCUGGCUUUCAAUUUGAAUUCGAAAUACCGCUCUAGGAAUCCAGAAUCCCACUCAGAUUGGAAUCCGGACCCAAGUUACACUGACAAAGGUCAGGAAUCCAGUACCUGAAAUCCGGAUUUCAUGGGGUAAAAUCUAGAAGCCAAGACUGUUUUGGAUCCCCUUUAAUGGCAUGACAGACUGUUGGUCGUAGGUUUCAGCGGCUAAAAUGUUGACAUACAUGUAAUAUAUAUAGAAAUCUUUGAACAUCUUCAGAAAUUGGUUGAAAAACCUACAUAUAAUAUUAAAGGAUCUAUUCAGUUAUUUUAUUAAGUCCCCUUACGAUAAACUUUUAUUGAGAUCAACGUGCUACCAAUUCUUCAUUAAGAUUGGCCACUAUAUGUAAAUCUAGUUUGAGGGGAAUAUGAAUCUUAGUUUUCUUUGUGUUGGUUACCUCUUUAUCAUAAGUCAUGGCUUUAUUUAUUUAUUUAUUUAUUUAUUUAUUUUUUAUUUUAUUUCACAACGGUUUCCGCUUGCAGCGAUCCAACUUGUUUGACUUUCUCCAAGUGUUUGAAGACUUCUCAUUGCUUUGUACUUCAUUUAUAGAUAAUCUUCGAAGGUAUUGCGGGGUCUUCAUUUACAGGAGACAUAGCUAUCGAUGAUGUAGCAAUCACCAAUGGAAGCUGUAGUAAUUCCACUGUGUUGCCGACAAAUCCUGGAGCUGGAGGUACAUAGUCCAGUAGUUGAUUAUGCUUAAAAGUAUUUGGUUACAUUCGUUAUGUGCUUAUGUGUAUCACCGCAGCUGCGUGUUAUCCCCCAUAAAUUUAAGAUGGACAAACAAGAAAAGCAUUUUUAUUUAUGGGAGGCAGCAUAGCAGAGUGGUUAAUACUGCAGUCCUGGGCUUCAGUCCCGUUCACUCUGACCACUAUAGCUUGACUUGUUUUUUAAAUGGACCACGCUUGUAAAUAGCUACAGAUUACCAUUUGCAAGUUGUUUUUGUUUUUGUUGUUGUUAUUGCUUUAAAGCUGGCUUCUAUUUGGAUUAUUCAUUGUUGAGCUAUUUUGAAAAAACAAAUAGCUCAUAUGUCAAUGGUCUUAGCAUGUGUAUCUUUGUGGCUUGUGGCUUUGUGUGUUCGGAUGUGUGUUGCAGGGGCCAAUAAGGUUAGGUACUAAAAGAUACUAUGCUAGCUACCAAUGCGAUUUUGGCAUCUAAACAUGACAUUGCUGCGCUAAAGGUCAAAAAAGGGCAUGUUAAGGCCGCCAUUUUGGAUCAUCACAAUUUUGUCGUCUUUUAUUACGGCUAAAGGUGUUGAGAAGCAUAACAUUUAAAUAUCAUCAUGAUUCAAACUAUGAAUACAGUGAUGCAGCUGUCUAAAGGUUCAUAUUUUGGUGUGGCUGCUGGUUCAAGACAUCUGUGACCUAUUCUUCGCAAUGGCGAACGGCACAACGUAUGUGAAUUAUGUUUCACCUGCUUCAAAGUGAAGUAUAUAUAAAAAAAAUAUUUACAAAGGUCUACAAAUAUCACGUUAAUAAUUGGCAGUGUAGAUAGUGACUUUAACUUGUAAGUAUGCGGCGUAAUUGUGUUUUUAAAAGUUUGAACAAGAGCUAUUUUUUUAAAAGUUGUGCCGAGUAAAUUAAUUCCGGAAACAUGCUUUAUUCUCUCCCGUACAAUGAUCAACAGACCUUUAAGUUCACGUUCCGGCGACUUAAAUGCAACCAUAUCUAAUACAUGUUUGCUGUCAUAAAAGUAAUAAAAACGUACUAUUAGUCAUUCAAAAUGUUUAUCCGUUUCUGAGUGGCUAAAAGCACACGCAUAAUUCACCAUAACCAACUACUGUGGACCAAAUUUGGAAGAAUUUUGCAAUUAAUCAACCGAUGACGUCAAAAAUGUAGCACAUUUGCAGGUUAAUGCUCCGUUAACCGAGAAGACCUGGGGACAAGGUUGAGGUGUUUUGGUUGUAAGAAGAAAAAUUGCCGGCGGAAUAUUUUAUUCGUUUCACGAUGAACUAUUGUUUAAAAAGAUAGCAAGAAGACAACUCGACAAACAGCAAAACAGUAUUUGGAGUAUAUUUGCAGACCUGAACAGCCCUUUCUCUUCUUAACAUGCACUAUCGAGGUGAACUUAAUAUCGACGAAGGUAAGCAUGUUUUAACUUGUUUUUAAACUAGGAAUUAUUUUGAAUGAAUAAUAAACCAAUUAAUGAGUUCGGCUUUCGUAGGAAUAAAGAAUUACGCAGAUCUCGGAGGGUGGUAUCCACCCUCCUCGAUCUGCAUAAUUCUUCAUGUCCUACUCUGCCUCAUUCAUUAAUUGCUAAGUUAAUUUUUACCCAGUGGCUAAAUAAAGAUGCGUAACGUUCGCUUUAGCGAAUGAACUUGGAAGUCGCCGAUUGACGAAAUAAUUAGAAUUAAUAAUUAGAAUUAUUGAAUGGAAUAACAUAAGAUUAGUACUAAAAAUCAUUAUUUCGGCAAUGUGAAUUGUCUAUCCUAGAUAUUUGAUUCCGUAUUCCGUUUCCGUUUCCGUGAUUCAUCUUCCGUUUCCGGAUUCCGGAUUCGAUGUUUUAGUGCUGCCGCUAGGCCAUGCUGCUAAGUAGUUAGCCAAUAUAUUUUUACUCCGGAUCCAGGUAAAAGGCCCUGAGUUCAAAUCUCGCCCUAAAAUCCUCCUGGAUUUGUCUUUGGCAUUCCCGUAGAUUAUGUUUUUGUGGGUAAUAUAUGUAGAUACGUUAUUCGAGAUAAUUAAAAUCUACGUCUGAAAUUAAGUCAUGUUACAGACUUUUAAUUAAACGUACGCGCCUGAUUACUAUUAACACCGCUCUCCUUACUCCCCUUGAAAAAUGCACCAGUUCUUAAGCAAGGUCAUCGGAUCUAAACUUUUUUUGUGCGUGUUUUCCGUUUUUCAUUUUACUAUUGUUAGGUUUACGGCUGGUUGGAGGAUCUGGAAGCUGGGAAGGAAGAGUUGAAGUUUAUUAUAAUAACAUCUGGGGAACUGUUUGCGAUGACUACUGGGAUAUAUAUGACGCGCGAGUGGUUUGCCGUCAACUUGGGUUUCCAAGAGCGAUAAGUGCUCCAGGGUCUGCCCGAUUCGGCGCCGGAAGUGGUCAAAUUUGGCUGGAUAAUGUUGCAUGUUCGGGAAGUGAAAGUUCCAUAUUCUAUUGUGGGCACAAUGGAUGGGGCUCUCAUAACUGCGGCCACAGUGAAGAUGCAUCGGUGAUAUGCUCAGGAGGUACGUCGUACGAGACAAUCAAUAAAUAAGACUCACAUUAUGGUAAUAUUAUGUGAAUUUUGCUUAGUGUAGUACCGACAAUUUCUUAGAGCAUUCUGAUAUAAAUGCCAUACACAAAUAAUUAGAUAAAUGUUAAUUUGAAGCGCGUACAUUGUAUAUCAAGUAAUACCUUGGAAAUACGGACGAUCAAAACAUGUUUUUCUAAAUACUGUGUGUAUCGGAUUGUUUGUUAGCGUAUAGCUUACAGCUACAGCCUGAACUGCAAAGUCGUGAUAAGUUAACAAACAAAGCAAAUUCUCUAUACCAACAGCACAAGCAACGUCUGUGCCACCUUCUGCUCAAGCAUCUUGUAAUUUUGACUAUGGAUUGUGUUAUGGAUGGAGUCAGUCUUCCUUAGACGUAUUUGACUGGACACGCCAAAGAGGAAGUACUUCAUCUUCAAAUACGGGGCCUUCAUCAGAUCACACUACUGGAAACGGUACGUACAAUACUGUAUAUACAUGCAUUCUGUAAAUAAUUUUAAAAAAGGCUCUGUCUUCUGAAAAUGUAACAGAUGUACAUGAAUUAGACUAUACCAUACAGCGCGGCUUAUAAGCUCCCCCAAUUCCAAUACAAGCCUAUCUCUAAAUGUAUUGAAAUGGACUCCGUUUAACUGCGGCUUGAUGAAAAAAAAAUAAAAUAAAUUAUAUUCAAAACUUAUUUGAUCGGCACUGCUAUAGCUUGUUUCGAAGCAUUUAUCAUUAUUAAUACUAUUACCGGUAAUAAGCCUUUCCGUUUAUAACCUCUACUAAAAUCAUAUUACGAAGAUUUAUUAUAUGGCUGAAAAUUCUCAUUUCGGAGCUCUAAAUCUCUUUACCUCGGAAAAAAGGUUUAAAUAAAGUUAUAAGACGCCUGUCAACCUUGAGGACUUGGACGUUGACUUUCAAAGAACAACGAAAGAAAGAUAGAAGCGAGUUCGAGCCAGACACAAUGCCCAGUUUUCAAACGACUCCAGCAUCACACUAACGAGUCAAUACUUACAGUGCUCUUAGGCGUGACCGAAUAAACCUUAAAAUAUGUCUGUAAACCCGGAGGACUGGGAUGUUGACUUUGCCUUUCCAAAUUUUAACCUAGCUUUGUUUUAAUGAGAACGAAGCUGAUGUAGAGACUGAAUCAUAACCUUACCGAGGAAGAGAAUUUUGGUCAGUGUUUGAGAAUUUUAACGCAGAUCGCAAUUGAAGACGAGAAUGAACUGGCAGAAAGAGAGGUUUUCCCAAAAACAAUUAACGAGAGAAUCCUUUGACAAUGACAACAAACUUACCUCGAAAAGCUUCUUUGCCUUUUGCAGUGUUUUCUUUAGAAGGACAAACGGAGGAAAGAUGGAAACAACUUCUAGACAGACACCGUGUCCGGUUUCCAAAAUACUCCAGCGUUACAUUAAAGAGCUAAAACUUACAGUGCUCUUAGUUUUGACCGAAUAAACUUUUUCAACAUGGUGAAUUUGUCUUUACUUUCUCGGAAAGCCUUUGUUAUGUGCUAUUGCUUUCGUGCGCCAAUAAAAACUUUCUUUUUUGACGCCUGUCAAAUGACUGUCAAAUCGUGCGUCCUGCACUUGUUUCCGGUCCCCCAAACGGGAAGAAGCCAAAUAAUAAACAUCUUAUUAGCCUCGUUUUUUCGGUCCGCACUGUAAAUUACGGAUUCUCGUUUUUUUUUUUUUCCAUCGAUUUAUGGCCCGUGCGCUUCGCGCUUGGGCCAUAAAUCGAUGGAUUCAAACCUCGGUCCGUAAUUUACAGUACUGACCAAAAACGCGGCUAAUUAGAGGUAUGUGUUAGCCCAGGGCUUAUAAGCCGCAGUCUACAGUUUUUGAUAAUUGCCAUUUUGUUUGUUUGUUUUUGUGGUUUUUAAUUCAUGUUUAUUAUAUAGAUACUGAUGAAAUACCAGGAUUUUUCAUUUUACUACAAAAAUCAUAUCUUCAUCGCGCGCAGUGAAGAUACUAUUUUUAUCUUUCACGUGUGAGGAUAUUGGUGUCGCCAUGGUUACUAACAUGAUUAGCCAAUUGCAAGAAAGCUUCCUUGUUUUAAUAGAGUUUUCGAAGUAUUCACGACAAACUGAACUCCUCCAGACCCCAUGGAACAGGCUAAACAUUUCUUUUUUUCUUAUUGGUUUAUUGAUUAAGGCUUAGUUCACACACCGGAUAGCUUUUCGUGUCGACACUCUCUUCUCCGCAGAUGCAUCCGCAGAUGAGCUUCAAGUUGUGUUUUAUGUAGGAAUUUCAUCAGUAUCCAUAGAAUAAACAAAACAUUACAUGGCCGCUUGGGGGUACGAAUUUUGUCUUCGAGUGCUGAAAGUAUCUCUCACGAGUGAGCGAAGCGAACGAGUGAGAGAUACUUUCAGCACUCGAAGAUAAAAUUCGUAUCCCCGCGCGGCCAUGUAAUAUCCUCUAUUUAUUUUACUCCCCUAUGCAGAAUUAUCUUGCCGGUGUUAGAAACAAAUAUCAACUGAUUAACCUAAAUGUAUGACAGCAUUUUCAUUCUUAGUUUAUUGCCUUUUAAUUAUUUAUGCAUACAGUACAACGAAUUUGAGAUGUCGAUGCCUUAAGACCCCAUCUCUUUAGAAGGUUUUUUUUCUUUUUUUAAAUAUCGUUAUUCCUCGUUCAUACUGGGUUAUUUUGUUUGGGAAGAAUUUGUUUUCCAGGCCUAAUCUACUGUCAUCGAAGAUGAUUGCUCUUUUUGGGUUUGCAUAAAGACUAUUAACUUGAUGUAAAAUUUGUUUAACUCUUGAACUUCAACUCUCUGUAAAAUCACCUAGCCUUUCCCUCAAAAUUCCCAUGAAUGUGCCCAUAAAUAAUUUGUGGAUUACAAGUUUAUUGUUUGAUUUAUGUUGUGAAUUUAUUAACGGGAGCUUCGCUUUCAGCCAUGGCUAAAUCUAUAUAUGAAAAGUAGGUUGAGUCUGAUCGUCCGGGUAAACGUAGUCCUGAAUAGGACUGUUGUUGUUGACAGUGACCGACUUUUCGACAACCUGUGCAAUAGUCAUUUUCAGGGUCAAAGUAGCUGUAUCACGUCAGUCGUUGGUAUUGUACUCUGGUUAUUGACCUGAUUGACUUUUCAGUUGUCCAGUCGCUCUCUCGCAGUUAGUUUUGCUUAAUUCCAUCAAUAAGUCGUUUGUACGUACAGCACCGGUAACUGUUGACUACGAGUCAGUGGCGUUUGUUCUAGAACAGGACUACGUUCACCCUACCUACAUUUGAAUUGACUCCUGGGUUGAGUUCAAACUUUCCACAGAAUCAUUAUUAUUAUCAUUAUGCUUUUUCAGGAUACUACAUGUAUAUAGAGACUUCGUCUCCCAGGCGACAAGGUGACAACGCAAAACUUCAGGUGUCUGUUUCUAGAAAUGGAGCAGCAGCUUGUCUCGUUUUCUAUUAUUACAUGUAUGGUGAUACCAUAGGAACUCUUAAUGUUUACAGUGGGAAUGAGCUGGUUUUCAAUGUCUCUGGGAACCAGGGUUUGUACUGGAUACGAGCAAUGGAAACGAUAUAUUUGCGCAACAAUGUAAGUUUGAUAUGGUUUGCUUCUCAAAACAUCACGACUGAUGUUCGUUGAUUUCAGGUGGCUAAAAUCUUCCCAUAAUAUUUGCACGAAAUCUUUAAAUAUUAUUUUGAGAGGUCAUCAGUUAAAAAUGACGCUUUUAUAAAAAUGAUCUAUCAUAUGACCUUGCCGACCUUCUUCCUUUUUUUUUCUUUUUUUUUAAUCUUCUAUGAUUUAUCAGAUACACCGAGUGUCAAUGAUUAGAAUUAAAUACUCGCACAAGUGAAGUAUGUUUUGAAAUUGCAUGUGUGCUACAACGGACCACUAGGUAUAAAUCUAAUUCUGAGGGUAAUGUGAAUGUUAGUUUGCUUUCUGUUGAUUACUUCUCUUUUUUAAUCAUGGCUUUUUAAAAGUUUAUUAAAUUUUAUUUCGGUUUCCGCUCGCAGCGAUCCAUCAUAUUUGACUCACCCCAACUGUUUAAAGACUUCCCAUUUUCCACAUUUGUAUUCUGUUUAUAGGUAAUCUUUGAGGGAAUUGCGGGGUCGUCAUACACAGGAGAUAUCGCUAUCGAUGAUGUGGCAAUCACUAGUGGCAGUUGUCCUAGCAUUGGAGGUAAGGGACGGACCAUUAGAAAAGUUAUGGGUGGGGGGAGAGGGGAAUUUUCGAGCAGCAGGAACUUUUUUUCGUUAUCAAAUUCCUUGUAUGAAUUUUUUCAGGCCAUUGUAUGAAUAUUUUUUAGGGUUAAUUGGCGUGCAAGAAUUUUUUUCAUUUAAUUUUCCCUUGCGCGAAUUUUUUUUUGUACUUCGCCCGCCCCCCAUAAGUUUUGUAAUGGUCCGUCCCUAAAUAUUCCCCUCGUUGAUUAUGCUUAAAAAUAUUUGGUUACAUUCCGUGUUAUUCCCCAUAUACCAUUUCCACAUAGACCAUAAUGCACCUUGUUUACCGCCCAAAAGUUUGCCUAACCAUUUUCUUCAAUUCCUCUUGGGACGACUGUAAUUCUGGGCCAGGAGAAAUUGGAAAGGUUGGUUCUGUAAAAAUCUGGAGGGCAAGCACCCAGGUGGAAAUCUUAUGAGGAUCUUAACAAGAUUCUUAUUAAGAUUCUUACCAACAUCUUAACAAGUAUCUUAUUAAGAUUCUUGUAAGAAUCUUACAAGAUCUUAUAAGAAUCUUAACAAAGAUCUUAAUCGAGACUCUUGUAAGACCUCUUAAGAUCUUACAAGAAUCUUUCCAAAACCUUAGAAGAUCUUGUAAGAAUCUUGAUUAACAAACUUGUAGAGAUCUUGGUUUGAACUGUAACUAGAAUCUUAACUUUUUUUGCAAUAUUUUCAAGAUUUUGUCUGUGAAGUUCUAGAUUUUUCAAGGGCUUAGUCUAGAUUUUAACACAAUCUUGCAAGAUGAGAAAAAGGUGUUGUUGAGAGAGCUUUCAACUCUCUUGGUCAGGAUUCUGUAAUGUAAUUUCCUUGACAAUAGAUCAAGACCUGAUUCUUUAAAAAAGAGUUCACCACGUCAAUUGCAAAGACUUUCUCAGUCAAUCUUCAUGUUUGGUGUUACAUUUAUUUGCCUCAUCAAUUAAAAAUAGUGAAUUCAAGAAUAAGUAACAUUGCAAUACAGUAAUGUAGAUUUCUAUCUUUCAAUGAAUCGGCAUCGUGUAGUUUUAAUUAUCUGUUUUAAAUCAUGCUAUUUUACCCGUUACUUAAACAAUGUUCAAUAGGCCAAAACUGCCAUUUGCACCAAGAGGUCAUGAUACAUCGUUUUUAUGAAAAUGAAAGUAAUAUGAUUUUGCCUUCGAAAAACGGUUAGUGGGUUAUAUGUUAUAUAAAAUAAUAGUUACUUGGUGUUACAAAGCCGCACCAUUUUCUUAAAAUGAUUAAGUUCAUAGCUGGUCACAUGACCAAAAAUGUGAUUUCUAAAAUUAUGAAGUAUCUCUUUCUGAACACAAAUUGUGUACUUAAACUUCAAGGAAAAUAUUGAAAAUAUGUGCCAACAUUUACAGCACAUCUGAGCAUAACUAUCACACGUUUAACAAGACAUAAGCUAAAAGUAGUUUGGCCGCUAUGUUGGAGGGCAAGAGUAUGCCCUUCAACAUGGCGGCCAAUACAAAUCAUACUACUUUGUUGAAAAAUCAGAGUACCAUAAAUAUCUCCCUUGAAUGCGUUUCCUCUCAAAUUUCAGGUGUACGAUAAUUUUUAUGUGUUCUGUCAAUUGCCAUCUACAUGUAUUUCCUCCACAUCAAUCAACAUCCAAUGCCAGGAUAGUAAAGUAUACCCAAAUUUAAUGUUUAAUCACCAACUGGAGAAAGCAUAGAAAUUACAUUUUAAACAAGUUUAUGAUAAUAAUGUUCAAAAUCACAUCUUAUGGUACAUGUUUUGUUUUUAAAAAAUUGAAUAAAAUAAUUAAAGUCCUGAGGUAUAAAUUGUUCUUUAGUCAUUAUUGAAAAAUUGUGGGACACAUUUGUAACUGGAACAUACAGCAAAAGAGUCUUGAUUGAAUUAAUUUUACAACGGGAACAUAUAUGUAAAAAAGAAAAGGUCAGGCCAACUUGCUUCCAGCAAGCUUAUCUGCUAAGCCCUUAUUAAGCCGCUCUUUUACUUCAGUUCUCAAACUGAGAACAAAAUAAUUAACUGGAAACUAAAAUAUUUGUAGUACAUGGCGUUUAAACAUACUUGUUCAUGACUACAGUAGAACCCCGGCGGUGAACUCGAACUCUUAAGGGAAACGAAAAAUAGUUCGAGUUUAAGCGGGGAAUUCGAGUUAUCGGGGUAAAUUUCAGUGCAAUCUUGAUUUGUUUUUCGGUCAUCCCAAAUGCAAAUAGACCACGCUUGUAAAUAGCUGCAGAUUGCUAUUUGCAACUUGUUUUUGAAGCUGUGUUCUCUUUGCAUUAUUUAGUGUUUGUAACUGUUCCUGUACCUGGGAAGCUAAGUGCAUUUUCACGUAGAAUACAGGUUAUUUCUUUUAACUCAAGGCCACGUUGCCGAGCAGUUAGCCAAGCGAAGUAAUUUUUACUCCGAAUCCCAGGCAAAAGGCCCUGAGUUCAAAUCUCUCCCUGACUGCCAGCUGAUUUUGUUUUAGGUAUUCCCGAGGAUUUUCUAUUGCCAGUUCCAAAUUCAAAUUAUCGCUUGUGUUUUUAAAAUAGCCAACAGGUCGCCUCCUAGCUCCCAAUUGGGAUUGCGUCUCGGAAAAAAAAAAACAAAAACAAAACAAAACAAAACAAAAACAAAAACAAAAAACAAAACGAGUAAAAUUUGUCAUUUUAUUUAUUUAUUUAUUAUUAUUAUUUCUGUUACAUUUCAAGCAAGUUUUAAGCAAAAAUUGCUUUUGUUGAUUUCUACCAGUUUAAUGUGAAACUAUGUUCGUUUUCAAUAUAUAUCUUAUUCGAGUUAAUUAAAAUCUACGUAUGAAAUUAAGUCCUGCUACAGACUUUUAUUUAAAGGGAACUGACCUGAUCACUAUAUUUGCACCGCCCUCCUCUACUCCCCUUGAAAAAAUGCACCAGCUCUUAAGCAAGGUCAUGGGAUCUAAUCUUGUUUGUGUGUGUUUUCAAUUUUUCCUUUUACCAUUGUUAGGUUUACGACUGGUUGGAGGAUCUGAAAGCUGGGAAGGAAGAGUUGAAGUAUAUUAUAAUAACAUCUGGGGAACUGUUUGUGAUGACUCCUGGGAUAUAUAUGACGCGCAAGUUGUUUGUCGCCAGCUUGGAUUUCCUGGAGCGAUAAGUGCCCCAGGGUCUGCCCGAUUUGGCGCCGGAAGUGGUCAAAUUUGGCUGGAUGAUGUUGCAUGCUCGGGAAGUGAAAGUUCUAUAGGCUAUUGUCAGCACAGCGGAUGGGGUAUCCAUAACUGCGUUCACAGUGAAGAUGCAUCUGUGAUAUGCGCAGGAGGUACGUCGUACGACGCAUUGUUGUCAUGUUAUGUGGGUUUCCCUUAGUAUAGUACCGACCAUUCUGAUAACGAUAUUGUAGAUAACUGAUUAGAUAAAUGUUAAUUUGACGCACAUAUUACAUUGUAUAAUCAAUGUAAUGAAAAAAUACAUUGGUAACAGAGUUGAGGAAAAAUAUGUUUUAUUUUGUUUUUGCUUUUGAUUUUUGUUUUUGUUGUUUGCUUUUUUUUUUGCUCUUGUUGUUGUUGUUGUUGUUGUUGUUUUUAAAUGAGUAUGUAACAAUGAAUUUUUCAGAGCGUCCUGGUAUAAAUGCUUUAAAAACGACUUUGACAAUGUUAGUUAAGGAACAUAGAAAAUAUCAUUUUUAACUGAUAAUACUUUUCGUCUUUACUGUGAUUUUGUUUGUAUAUUUGCUACCGCCUGAACUUAAAGUCGGGAAACGUUUAAAGAAUAUUUAGCUUCUCAACUUCUCUACACCUAAUGAUGUUUUGAGUUCAUGCUUAUCCUAUAAUUCUCUUUCAUUUAAUUUUUUUUUUCUCCGGCCAAUAGAAUUCCUAAUACAGUCAACUCUCGCCUUGAGGGCACGCUGUUAUGACGGACAACGCUAUACGAACAGUAGCUAAAUGUCAGGCAAAAAAUGAAUUAUAGAUGUUCGACUGAAAUAAACUCCCGCUAUUACGGACUCUCGUAGUCUGCUACACAGCCAUUUUUAGUGUCGUCGCGCAACGCGUAGGGAGGAGCGUUACGACACUAAAAACGGCUGUGUAGCAGACUAGGACUCUCACUAAAAGGACAAUAAUUUAUGGCCCCUGUAGUGUCCGGUGUAAAGAGAGUGGAGUGUAUUCAAUUAACUUGUUGGCAUUGUUUAUUUCAUAGUUUGCGGAGGAAGUUUAAAUCAAUCAUUUGGCCAGCUACGUUUUGGCCGGAAAGGUUAUUACAGCCAUCUGCUGUGCACCUGGUCAAUUGGAAAUGUAGGAAUCCAGCAAGCAGCUGCACUUAUUUCAGUACAAGAACUCUACCUGUCAUAUUUCAAGUGAGUUAGAUGAAGCAGUGUCUUCCAUAGCGAAUUAAUAAGAUUUAUUUUUUUCUCUUUUUUGUUCAAAGUCGAGCGGUGGUUUUGCAAAAUAUAGAACUUGUAAAAGAUAUUAUAUUUUAGAUAUUCUUCUUCUUCUUCUUCUUCUUCUUCUUCUUCUUCUUCUUCUUCUUCUCCUUCUCCUCCUCCUCCUCCUCCUCCUCCUCCUCCUCCUCCUCAUCAUCAUCAUCAUUAUCAUUUAUUGUGUGUUGAACGUUGAAUAGAUGAACGGAUGGAAGGACGGAUGAUUUGAGUGGGUUGGAAAGAUAUGGGAAUAAAACGACAGCGAGAAUAGAUGAGUGGAAGGAUGAAAGGCAGAUAAGCUCUAAUCCAGCAUUAAAACGUUGUUUCGUUUUUGUAUUUUACCUUCCUAUGUAAUGGUUAAGUUAUCCAGUUACUGUAAGCUUGAGUUGCACGUUCUUAUAUAGGAAAUUCUGCUUAAAGUUUGCCUUAAACCUGAGUUAAACUUAACCGUCUUUCGGGGAACCGGGCCAGGAGAAAAAAAAAACAAAUCCAAAAAAAAAACAUGGCCGAGAAUAGCUAGGUUACCACUAUCAAUGACAAAAUAUAUUUUUUUUCCUCUUUAUUUUUCAGUGAAUACGUUAAAAUAAUGGAUGGGAGCGGUGCAACUGUGCUUAUUCGUUAUGGAUACUCAUCGACUCCCCAAAAACCUUUUAGGGAAGUUAAUUUUGGAAACUCUGAGAAUAUCACCGUUCAAGUCUAUCUGUAUGGUAGUUACAGUAAUGUCAGGCUUCAAUUCGGAAUUGUACAGCAGGGAUUACAAUCGGGUUAGUUUCAUCAUUUUAGUUAAAAUAACAUUAAUAUUGCGAGCGUUAGUAUUUCUCAUCAUACAUGUACAACACCCAAAGAAAGCACAGAUCUCCAUUUUACAGACUUACUUUUCCUAUGCGUAAUAAACUGACAUUUGUUGAUUGAAGUUCUUAAUUCUAACAACCAAAAUAAGAGGUAAAAGGUAAAGUUAAAGUGCCUCAUCAUCAUCAUAGUGAAUAAUAAUAAUAAUAGUUAUAAUAAUAAUAAUAAUAAUAAUAAUAAUAAUAAUAAUAACAAUAAAAAUAAAAAUGAGGAUCACUCGAGGAUAUCUUUUCUUUGCCCAUGUAUAUUCCCGUAAAAUUCAUUUUAGUUUUACACUUAAGUUUUUCUUGAUUUUUUGUCGUGGUUACCAUGACAAUUUUCCAAAUUUAUUCCAUUCAUACAUAUUUUCUAAACUGAUAGUUUUUAACAAAAAGUCCGCAGCAUAUAAACAGAAAUUGGCAAAACAAAACAAAACAAAACGAAACAAAAAACAAAUAAAAAGACAAAAACAACAAAAAUGUGUGUAUCCAAAUGCCGGCUUUCAAACUAAGCCCAUUACGAAGAAAACUCAAAUUUUGGAACUUCCACUAGUUUACAACAACAAAAACCAGGGUUCUAGCUAGAAUUAUCGUUUGGGCGUUGCAAAUAGCGUGGCGAAAUUUAAUUUUAAUAAACAUUCUUAAACUGAACCAUCGCUGUAACCUCUAUCAUCAUCGUUAACUAAUAAACUUUAUUGCUGUCUUUUUAGCUCAGCUAGUGUCCAGUUGGAACGUAUCCAUUGAUAACAAAACAGCAACUAGUAUGGGAGUUUCCUGGAAAAAUCUAUCAAGAUUGCUGAACCAAAACAUUCUGCACUAUCUAACUGUCAUAAAAAGUGGCAAUGGAAGUAUAGUGAGUGGAAAUAUCCUGCAAGGAAAUACCACAUCUGAUGUUUUGUAUGGACUGUCGCCGUAUAUGGAAUAUCGACUCAAUGUUCUUGGUGUAAAUGAUAACGGAAAUGUUUACAAGACUUCAGAGGUCACAGAGUGGACUGAGGAAUCGGGUAUGUUUUUAUUUCAUUGGUUACCUUGCCUGCCAAAUCCCGAUUUAUAACUUAUUCAUAACAGCUUUUCAUGUUGUAUUUCUCUCUAGUUCCUGGUCUUGCUCCUAACAAUAUAACGUUCUCUGAAGUAGGAGAAACGCAGUUCAAGGUUACUUGGAAUCCUCUUCCUCAGCAGUUUCACAAUGGCCAAUUGUUAGGCUAUAGAGUUUACUUCAGGAGGAGCGCUUAUUUUCUAAUACCAUUUAAUACAAGCAGUUUAGUCAUCAGCAGUUCUAAUAUGACAUGGGCAUUGAUAACAGGACUAGGACCGGCUCAGCGCUAUGGUGUUUCUGUGGCGGCGUAUACAUCAAAAGGAGAUGGGCCGCGUUCCUCUUUUUAUUAUGUUACCACAGGUAAAACCUAAGGCAAAAUAGCCAAUUGUAAUCGUGAGGCAUCACCAUUAAAAAAAAAACAAAUAAACAAACAAACGAACAAAAAAAAAACAAAAACAAGGGGGGAAGGAGUAGGGGAGAGCUGAGCGGGGUAUGAUUUGUGCACAGAGUGUUUUUCUGGACCGGAGGCGCUUUGAACAGCAGAUGAACUUUGGCGGUCAGCCUACGUUGUGUCUUGGUCAAUUUUUUAAUUACAAAUAAAAAUAACAUCGUGAUUAUUAUUAUUAUUAUUAUUAUUAUUAUUAAACGCCGUUUAAACGCCGCUCCCCAAGCGUGUGUGUUAAUGGCGUGAGCUCAUAAAUUAGUUUAGUUGAAAUGAACCGUUUUUUAAUUGAAUUUUUUUUUUCGAAUAUAUAAAAUAUUUUUAACGGAAUGAAUUUUUACAAUGGAAAUUAAGUGUCCUUUUUUUUUUAAUCGAAAGGAAUUUUAAAUAGUGUUUUAACUGAACAUAGUGUAAAUAGUGUUUUCUGGGCGAAAUAAAUUGUAAAUAGGUUUUUAUAGUGGCUUUCUUAUCAAUAAAGUUUUCAUUAUUAAGAUUAUCAUCAUUAUUAUUAUUAUUAUUAUUAUUGUUAUUAUUAUAAGAAAAAAAACAGAGAAUUGUUUUUCUUUCUACAAUUUGUUAAAUAUAUUUUCUUAAGAUAAAGAAUAAGACUAUAAAAGUGCAUCCUGGGCGUUUUUAUUUAGCGUUCAAAGCGGACUCGAAACUGUCUUCUAAUUAUCUUCGUUACAGCUUGCAAGGUGGUGGUCAACCAAUCCUCUGGCGGUAUAAAUGUGACACAUUCUGAUUACACCAGCUUGUACUGCUUCUGGUCAAUUGGGAAUGUCGGUAUUCCCCAAGCAAUUGGUCUAGUGCUAAUUCAGGAGAUGAACUUUGGAUAUUGCAGGUAUUAAUUGAUAUUGCUACUUUAUUCAAUCCAAUGCAACUCAAUGCUUAAAUUCAAAUAGCACUAUUUUAUUAUCUGUUGGGGACCAUAACUAUUUUUAUUAAUAGUUAAAACCAUGAUUGAACUCUAGAGGGAAGGAGCCACUUAAACCAUUGUAAUUGUGUUAGAAUUUAGAGUUGGUUACAAGAACAGCCUUUCUGUUAUUUGAGAUAGCUCUUAUUAUCUGUGCUAAAGGACCAAAAACUCAGAGGACCAUUCAAACGGGAUGUGAAAUAUCAUAAAAUGUCUCCUUCACGUACUUGUUAUGAACCACACUAGUACUUUCAUAUCUAUUUUCGUCCUGCUGCUACCAAUGUGUCGUUUCUGUCAUCCUGGACAUAAUGUGUGUGUUUAUUGGGACACGAAAGUGAGGCACAAAGUUUCUCUGCAACAAGUAAAGAAAGUCGGAAAAUAUUUUAGCAAUAACUGACUCAAUAAUUACUAUCUAAAGGAACAUGAAGAAUACAUGAAAAGUUAUAAAUUCUCUAAACGGGCCGUUAUGUUUUCUGUCAUCAUUACCACAGUGAACAUUUCAAGAUUUUUGACGGCAAUGGCGCUCUGAAAUUUCAACAAAGCGGCUGCUCAUCCUCUGUUCGUGGAUCAUUGGUAGAGGUUCCGUUUUUCGCCUCGCACAACAUAACAGCAAGUUUCUACUUGCGUCUCUUGGGAAGUAAUAUCAAAGCUGAUUACCUGAUACUGGGGACAAGCGUUCAUACAGGUGAACUCCUGUAAAAAAAUAUAAUAAUAAUAAUAAUAAUAAUAAUAAUAAUAAUAAUAAUAAUGAUAAUAAUAAUUAAAUAAAAAUAGUCGAAAUUAAAAAGAAUAAUUAACCAUUGGCUUCAUUGCCUUUAAGGCCUUCAGUUUCAAUAAAUUACGCAGAGCCUAAUUUUUUUUCAUUAUGUGGUAAGUUUCCUGACCUAAUAAAUAAGUUUCCAUUUUUUUAAUUAAAAAAAAAAAUCAGGAAAAAAGAGUUUGGCAUGCAUUUUUUGACGGAAGUUUUAACGCAGCAACUUGAUAUUUUUUGUUCGUUUUGUUUGAUCUUAUUAUUACUUAAAAUGUGUUUGGUCGCUUAAAAGUCCUUCAUUUUGAAGCUUAUUUAGCGAAGCAGUCUUGUUAUUUAGCAUGAUUCUUAUAUCUCUUUUAUUAAUCGAUAUUUCAUUCUUCAUAUAUUCUUAGGUGACUCUUUGUUUAUAUUCUUUAUAUUUUUCUCGUAUUUAGCCCAAAUGCUUUUUGGUUGGAAUUUAACAGUAGAGAACACCACGUUCUCCAGCAUAUUGAUUCGGUGGACAAACCUUACCAAAGUUCUCAACCGUAAAGUUCGUCACUACAUUGUCUUCUUAAACAGAAGAAAUAACAGUGUAACAUUGCAUCAGAUUGUCAGUGGAGAUCGAUCAACAACGGAAAUCAACGGACUCACUCAUUCAACAAAUUAUUCUGUGGAGGUCGUUGGGAUUGACACAGUGGGGAAGCCUUAUAAAACUCCAUCAGAAGCUACCAUGACAACAAACCGUAAGAGAGGAAGUGCCUUUGUUGUUGUUUUUGUUGUUGUUUUUUAUCUAUUAGUGUUAAGAAAAGUUUUUAAAUUAUCUAUUUUUAACUAUUUAAGGGGAAAGAAUGACCAACAAAAUAAUGCUCAUCAAUAUGGCGACGAGCAUUGAAGCUUAAUUCACUGUCCGUAAAGCUUAAUUCACUGUCCUUAAAACAUCUGAAUUUUGCCGUUAAGUAAAAUUCGGGCAAAACUGCCUGUUUAAGAUAUUUUCACAUUUUUUUUUUCAUUUACACGUGCAAACAUGUUACUUUUGUUCUUUAUUUUGUGACUUUUAACUGUCUAUAUUGAGUUAUCUUUGUCACUUGUUAAUGAUGUCAUGGCGACAUCGAAACGUUGUGUCAAACUUUUUUUGCUAAUUUUUAUUCUUAAAUGUUUAACAAAAGUUAAUUUGAUUCGUGUCUGAAAAAAAAAAAUGGACAAAUUCGAUACAAAUAGUAGGGGAGUUCGGGGUUAGAGCUAUCUACAUUUAGUAUUUACCAAAUCAGUGAAGAGCAUUUUUUACUCGUUUUGACUGGCUCCCGUAACUCGGAAUAUCCUAGGCUAUUCACUGUUUUGGAACCGGAGCCAAGAUGGCGUCUCGUUUCGAGACAUUUUUGGAAGACGAAAUUUGAGCGAUAAUUGAAGCAGUCGUACAAACAAAUACCAAGAAAGCGACGAAUUUUGGCUUUUCGGUGUUCACUGGUAGGUAGAAAUUAUUUUCAUACUGAAUUUUGCAACAAAGUCGUAAAAUGCACUUGACAAAAUCCCCAAAAAUGUUUGUUAAUUGAAAGAAAAUUUCCUGCUAAGUGACGCUUGUAAUUUACAGGAAGGUAAUGUUUUUAUUAUUAUUAUUAUUAUUAUUAUUAUUAUUUUAUUUUAAUCCAACUAAUUUGGUGAAUACUAAAACAGCUAUCCCCUCCCCUCCAAUAAAACGUCUUAAGCAAACGUUAAUCUAAUUUAUCCGGCUUCUAUUUGUAACAUUCAUAUAGUGUCGAUUUUGGGGAAAAUAUGUUUCUUUAUAAAUUAUACUAAUAAUUGUAUUGUCAUUACAGUCACAUGCGGUGUAAGGCCCAGUGUCAGUACCCCUCGUAUUGUCAACGGGUCCGAGGCACCAGUAAAUGGCUGGCCCUGGCAGGCAAUGCUACUAUCAAGCAGUGGUAGACAGUUCUGUGGGGGAUCUUUAAUUCAUCCUCAAUGGGUUUUAACAGCAACUCACUGUGUAAGAAGCAUGUCUUUGUCGGAUGUUAAAGUAAGGUAAUAGUAAAAAGUCUAAUUAUUCAAGAGUGCAUUAGGGGACUUAGGGACAGCCAACGUCAAUUUUCGGAAAAUAUCUGUUCGGAAGACGAUCCAGAAUUUUCGAAACAUUUGUUGUAACAAUUUCUUGCUGCCUGCCUCUCCUAGGAUUUCGAACAUAUUAAAAAAUGGUAUAAUUGCCCAUUUUUGACAGAUUUUACCCUUAAAAGGAGCUUUUUUUUUUUUUUUUUUUUUUUUUUUUUUAAUGUAAUCACCCUCAUAUACAGCCCUACAAUCUUAGUAAGAGAGAAAAUUUAAUAAUUUGUCAAAACAACCUGGACCUUUUCUAGCUACUUGGUAACCAUGAUAAUUAUACUAACAUGGUCAGGAAAGUGCAUUGUACGCUCGUCAAUUUAAAUGUUUUUUUAGGAUGAAGUCGCGAUUUACCUGGGAGAAAUUUGUCAACAAAAUCGUGGGAUUUCUCGAGAAAUGUCACGCAUAUUAGCAGGAUGUUACGUUGUGUUGAUGUACCUCAUUUGUGUUUUUGUUUCUGUUUGUCUCAAAAGAUUGGGAGCACAUUACAGAUUGUCGUCCUCCAUUGGAACAGAACAGGAUUUUGACGUUGUAAGGAUAAUCCAGCACGAAAACUAUUACUAUCCGAACAGCUAUAGCAAUGAUAUUGCCUUGCUAAGGUUAUCAAGACCAGCCGUGCUUGGAAAAGGAGUGGGCCUAGUUUGUCUCUCAGAUCCAAACCUUCAGCUUCCAUUUGAUAAUUCUGACAAGCCCUGUUGGAUCACUGGUUGGGGAACAAUUUACGACGCAGGUCCACAGCCAAACGCACUGAUGCAGGUUGAUUUACCACUCGUUUCCAAGCACCGCUGUCUCAAUUAUUACCCGGGGAAAAUAGACGACUCCAUGAUAUGCAUUGGGAAAGCCCAGGGAGGUCAGGGUGCCUGUCAUGGUGAUAGCGGAGGGCCACUUGUGUGCCAGUUUAGUGGUAAAUGGUAUCUUGAAGGAGCUGCCAGCUGGACGAUCCUGCCUUGUGCCUCCCCAUCGAAGCCAACCGUCUAUGCUAACGUUCGAAACUUAAAAUCCUGGAUAGUCAACAAAAUGAAUGGAUUUGUUACCCCUUCUCCACCUCCUUCUAGCACCUCAGGUACAGUCUGUGUUAGUUAUUAUUAUUAUUAUUAUUAUUAUUAUUAUUAUUGCUAUAUUAAGAACUGUAAACAGAUGCGUCAGAGGUUCUAGAUAUCCAUUCAAAUCACGUGAGGUCUCACAAGACUUCACUUUCGCCGUAGCUGGUCUACACCUACACUCAUAAUUUUAGGCCUAGAUUUUUGAUAGUUUUUUUCUUAGUAAUUCUUAAUUUCCUUUUCCCACUUUUAAAUUAUUCACAAUUGUGAAUAGUUUUUCUAUCGUGGACGUACAUAUAUUUAGUUUUUAAUUUGUAAACAAUACGAUAUAGUUUAAAACUGUAAAUAUUACUUAUUGUUCUGAUACUUAAAUAAAGAUUGGUGAUUACUAUUAUUAUUUUUAUUAUUAUUAUUAUUAUUAUUAUUAUUAUUACAAGUUAUAACGGUAAAAAUAAAUUAUAAUUAUUUUACAAUAUAUAAAGCUUCUAGUUUAAGCCUUAAACCUUCGGUGCCGCAUAUUUACACGACAAAGUCACGCCUCGAGGUUCUCCGCUAUGGUGAGAAGUGAUUUCAUUUGCUUUUAUUGAAAUGGAUGGGUGAAAAUUGAUUGCCCUUUUUCAUAUGCAAAUCGUGUCCAAUGACGUACAACUCAUGUCAAAGAUAAAGUAAAAUCAACUGUUACGGCUGAUUCUUAAGUCGCGGCACAAGCCGAUUAAUGAAAUAGAUUUACAAGAGAGAUACAAAUUGUUCUUACUGAAAAGAAAACAAGAACUUAAUAACAGCCUGCAAACCAAUAAGCUGAAACUUAUGUCAUGUUAGGCCCCUUUCAAAUGUGGAAAUUCUUAUGAGUGCCGAACACCUAUUUUACUCGAUGAAAGUAAUUAAAUACCGCAUUUGAUUCAGACGUCGGAUAAGAUGGUGCCGAACUUAACUCUCUGGAAUGAAGAAAAGCGCUAUGGCCACCAAAUACAUCCUUUUAGUUUUUAAAUUUCUCCCUAACAAACGUAUACACUCCGGUAUACAUGUGAGGCCUGUCACCCCUUGCAUUUUCUCUCUCAACAGGUUUGAAUGUAUUUUAGUAAUAAUUCCAGCUGACUGUGUUUUAUAUAACAAGUGUGAUCAACUGCCUCGUUAGUAUUUAAAUGUGUUCCUAUCUAUGUAAUAAAAUAGGGUAACCCACCCCCUAAGGGUAGCUGAGAAUUGUACAACCCACCCCUUGCACAAGGCUCAAAACAUCAUGAACCACCCCUCUCUGCUUCGGCCCCCCCCCCCCCCCAAUACUUUUUUACCAGUUCCAUUAAGUUCUUUAACUAAACAAAAAAAACAUAGUUUAUAUCCGUUGAAUACAUAUACCACGUUUUAAAUGGCUUUAAAAGAGAGGAAAGAAGAAAUAUAGAAGGAAAAGAAACGCACUUACAUGAUACACACACAACAUUACCAAUAUCAAAUUAGUCUAUCUAAUUUUAACUAUUUAGUAUAUUUUUAAUCAACAUUCCAUGAAUUCCCAUCGAAUAGGUUUGAUUGUUUCUAUAUAAAACAUUUUAAACUAGUUACAGGGAGGCAGUAGACACUAUCUACAAGAGAAAAUAACGAAAUACAUUUCACUCACCUUUUUUUUUUUUAUUUUUGGGGGACUUCAGGUCUAAGACUGGUGGGAGGAUCUGGAAGCUGGGAAGGAAGAGUUGAAGUAUAUCAUAAUAACACCUGGGGAACUGUUUGUGAUGACUCCUGGGGUAUAUAUGAAGCGCAAGUUGUUUGUCGCCAGCUUGGAUUUCCAGGAGCGAUAAGCGCCCCGGGGUCUGCCCGAUUCGGUGCCGGAAGUGGACAGAUUUGGCUGGACAAUGUUGAAUGCUCGGGAAAUGAAAGGUCUAUAGUUUAUUGUCGACACAACGGAUGGGGUAUCCAUAACUGUGGUCACAGUGAAGAUGCAUCGGUGAUAUGCUCAGAAGGUACGUCGUACGAGACAGUAAAUAAGGCUCACAUUAUGGUCAUAUUAUGUGGGUUUCGCUUAGAAUAGCGCCGAUAAUUUCUUUAGAGCAUUCUGAUAUAAAUGCUGUGGAAAAAAUAAUUAGAUCAAUGUUUAUUUGAAGCGCGCACAUUGUACAAGCAAUAUCAUGGAAAAUACAUUAGUAAUAGAAGUGAGGAAAAAGAUCUAAACAUGUUUUUCUUUUUUUUGUUUGUUUUUUUUUGGGGGGGGGGGCUCGUUUGUUUUUUCUGUGUUCUUUUCUCCAUACAUAUCAUUUCAUUUAUUAUUCUCUGCUUAUAGAGUAUUAACGUGACUGCGCGAUUCGGUAGUUAUGUCAGCCCACGAUUGACCUGCUCACCACUGAGUUCACCAAAGAGUUCUCAGUAGCUCAGUGGUUAGAGCAUCCGACUAGUGUACGGAAGCUCGUGGGUUCAAUUCCCAUCUGGAACUCAGAAUUUUUUUCUGUGUUCUUCUCUCCACACACAUCAUUUCAUUUAUUAUUAUUAUUGUUUGUUUAUUUUUUAAAGACUGUAGGUGUCUGUUUGUUUGUUAGCGUGUAGCAUACAGCUACCGCCUGAACUACAAAUUCGUGAUAAAUUAACAAAAAAAGCAACUUCUUUAUACCAACAGCGCAAGCAUCUUGUAACUUUGACUAUGGAUUGUGUUAUGGAUGGAGUCAGUCUUCCUCAGACAUAUUUGACUGGACACGCCAAAGAGGAAGUACUUCAUCUUCAAAUACGGGGCCUCCAUCAGAUCACACUACUGGGAACGGUACAUACAAUACUGAACAUAUCUACAUGAGUACCGUAAAUAAUUUUAAAAGGCACUCUGUCAUCUAAUUAUGUAACAGAAAGGAAAGGAAUUUGACUAUGCCAUAAAGUGCUGCUUGUAAGCUUCCAAAAUUACAAGCGAGGCCCACCUACCCGCAAGAAAAGAAUACAUCCGAUUCCCCCCACCCCCCCCUUUCAAACCCAGAUAUAAGCCCAUCUCUAAAUGCAUUGAAAUGGAUUCAGUUUAAUUGAAGCUUGAUGAAAAAGAAAAAAAAAACAAACAAACAAACAAUACAAAACAAAAAUCAGUAAAUACAACUUAAGAAAUGGUAAACGUGCAACGUGCAACGUGCAACGUGCAACCAUCGAGUUACGGAUGCACGCAGGAGGUUGCUAGGAACGAAAGAAGCGUAAGAGUUAAUCGAGGCGUAGCCGAGAGUAACUACAGCCUCUUGAGAGCCUAGGAAACCUCCCAAGUGCAUACAUAACUCGAGGGUUGCAAAACUGCAACGCUUACCAUUUCUUUUAUAACAUAGUGAAAAGAGAAGAUAUUCCAUUCGCUUUUUGUCGAGUCAGUCAUCGGUACUGGAAACGAGUUGAUGGUUGCUGUAAUCUACCCUUGCGUUAACAAAUCAUGCCUUUCAAAAAACUUGCGUUUGAGUUUUUCUUUCCCCGAAUCAACCAUUGUCCGUAUUAUGGUAAAUUGCUGUUGCCUUACCACCGUUCCUUGAACUACUGUUAUGAAGGAACAUAAACAAAAUAGUUAACAGGGAAGUCAUUUCUGGUAAAAUUUACUUGAAACCCAAAUGUUUCGGUACUUCAACUAAAACUUUUAAUCGAUCAAAGCCACACAACAAAGCUGUCUCGACUCUGAGCACGUUUCCUGAAAUAUUUGAUUGAAUUUAACAUCAAUAUUAUUGCCAACGAGGUUUAACUAAUGAUUCGUACACAAACUUCUUAUCUUCAUCAGUAUCAUUAUUAAAAGUAGGUCGAGUUUGACCGUCGUGGGUGAAUGUAGUCCUGAAUUGGACUGUUGUUGACAGUGACUGACAUUUCGUCGACCUGUGCGGUACUCAUCUUCAGAGUCAAGGUGAGCACGUCGGUUGCUGGUAUUGUACUCUGGUUAUUGACCUAAUUGGUCACUAAAAAGUCGCGAUGUUAUUUGUCGUCUGUCAGCUAAGCCGUUAUGUUAUUGUUGUUGUGACUAGAAUAGAUACCCCAAAGUCAGAUUGUCAACUUCACUCAAAAUACGAUAGGAGUCUUAUAACUUAAAUUAGUAAAUAAGAAAAGAAAGAAACAGAAGAAACUAGUGGGUUGUAUGGAGGACUUCAGCCCGCGUCACUUGAUGUAAAAUACAUAUCCGUGUCCACUACACCAUCAGGGGUUAACUGCCGAGACCGGUUAAUUUUAACGUUCUUUACAUGGCGUUGAUCAUUACCGUUUUUAAAACAGUGCUUAACCCUAAUCACUGUACUUUGGUGCUAAACCCUGUAUUCAACUACUUUCCCUGCACAACUGUCUCUUAUUAUGAUUUCCCCACUUUUCCAAAAGUUCUCGUGCCCAGUAAAUUCGCCUAAACAUUGUACUAGCGUGGUAUAGUGUAUAGCGUUGUGUAAUAAACAUAAAGUGUCCAACCUUAUUUUGAGGUAUCCAUUCUAGUCACAACCGUUAUGUUUUUGGCUAUGAAGCCUCGUAAUGUCGUUGGUGCGAUUCGAUCCGUCUGUUGUCACAGCUGUCUAUUGUUAGUCAAAUAGACCUUUGUCACGCGGCGGCCAUUUUGUCUCAGAAGAUUUAAGAAGCUUUGUUUAUGCACGCGGCUAGCCUUGUUGAGAGAGCGAGGCUAGCAGUGCAUAAACAAAGCUUUUUCAAUCUCCUGAGACAAAAUGGCCGCCCAGUGACAAAGGUCUAUUGUCAGUUGUCCAGUCGUUCUCUUGUAGUUAGACUUACCCAAAAGUGGAGCUACAUUUUUUUUCCUCGAGCGCAAAGCGCGAGCUAGAAUUUUUGUUAUGUUUUCAGUGUGGCUUAGCGAGCGAGAGAGCGGGAGCUCGACUUGUUUCCCAAGUGACGUCAUUUUAGCGCGAGCUAUUUGCGUCCAGACUGAGCGGAGCUGCUAACGUAAAUUAUGUCAAAAUGAAAGAAGUUCGUUUUUUUUUUUCUUUCUGCUUGGAAAAUCCGGCCCUUGCUAGUCUCACACAGAAAGAACGCCCACUAAAGCUUUAGUGCGCGUUGCUUUUCCCUACAAUGUUUGUCAACAAUGUGAAUCAGUAAAGAAUCCUGUCCUAAGGAGGCGACUGUUUACAGUAGGAAAAUGAAAACUUACUUUUUUAAUUAUGAUCUGAAAUUUCUCGUCGGUCGUGUAUUUAUCAGUCGGAACAGCAAUCACAAAUAAUCUGCCCAAUCUGUUCUGAUAGGAACGAAAAACUAACAAAAAAUGUUCUUAAAGUUAGACAAACUUCUCGGCGUACGUGCUCAAUGCGCUUUUAACCGUCAGCUGCCAGCGAAGAUCAAAUCAAAGGAUCGACAUCUACAAUCGUCUCUUUCCCCAGACCGUAAUAAAUCGAAAACACAAGGGUAAAUUUCAAAUGUGAAACUCUUGUCGGAGUCGCUUAGUGGUCUCUCUCUCUCUCCUCUUGUUCGCGAGCAUCUUUUAGUUCAAAGGCUCUCCGUAGCCCAUACGCGAUGACAGCCUUGAUAGAACACAUGACUCUCAGCUUUUUAUCAUAUAGGAGACCUUGAACACGAAAUCGAAUUAAUACAACCUGAAAUAAUAAAGAACUGAUGCAAUGUAAGAUACCCAAACGUCUCAAUUUGAAUUUUGAUCAAAACAGCUCAAGUUACGUUUCAUGUGACGUGUCGGGCUUGAUUGACGGCGCAACAGUGAAAACCGUUCGUGAUUGGAUAAAAUCUAAGGAGGAAAAAUCCUGCUGUAAAUUUGGCGCGCGGGAGGGAGGGGGAAUAAAAGUCCUUCACACUGGGGCCUACUGCCCCAACCGAAAACGAGAAGCGAAGGACUUUAAGAAAGUCUAUCUCGUAUUUAAUUUUACUUGAUUCUGACAAUAAGUCGUUUGUGCGGUGCCUGUAACUAUUGACUACGAUUCAGUGGCGUUUGUUCUAGAAUAGGACUACAUUCACCAGGACGAUCAAACGCAACCUACUUUUGAAAAGACUCCUUGGUUCAAAUCUUUCACAGUAUCAUUAUUUAUUAUCAUUAUACUCUUGCAGGAUACUACAUGUAUAUAGAGACGUCGUCUCCUAGGCAAAGAGGUGACAACGCAAAACUUCAAGUGUCAGUUUCUGGAAAUGGCACAGCAGCUUGUCUCGUUUUCUAUUAUCACAUGUAUGGUGAUACCAUAGGAACUCUUAAUGUUUAUAGCGGAAAUGAGUUGGUUUUCAAUGUAUCUGCCAACCAGGGUAACUACUGGAUACGAGCAAGGAAAACGAUAUAUUUGCGAAACAAUGUAAGUUUAAUACAUUUUGGUUCUCAAGAAAUCACGACUGUUGGUAUUUAUCAAAUUUCAGAAAUCCUUGAAAAUCUUCAGAAAUCGGUUGAAAAUCCUAAUUAAGUAACAGGAUUUAUUAUAUGGCAAAGCCAGUCUUAGGCAAAUCCCUGUGCUCUUAUUGGUUCUUUCUCUGUCAGGAUUUUGCAUUACGAGCCGUUUCCAUGGAAAUGGGCCAACCCGUGUUUUUUUGUUUUGGAGCAAAGCAGCGAAAAAACAAAAAAAAAUGUGAAUAUUGUCAUUCUUCACAGCGAAACUACCAGAAAAAGCUAAAAAGAUUGAUUUUUUCCGGAAAUUUCAAAGAUCAUGAGGACGACAAACAUUCUCCAAGCGAGUUUUAUUAUCCUGAAGAUCUGGAAACUUUUGAUGCAGAAACUGAAACAGGCAUAACCGAAAGCCAGGAGGCCACAGACGAUUUUAUCAACCAACAGAAAAGUGCAAACACAAACAAGAAGACGGCUACUGAUAUGAACACUCUUAUCCGCUACCUGGAAGCUAAUGGUAUGAAAAAUGAGAAAAUUGAAAGCUUACCUGCGUUCGAGCGUGACCACCUUUUGUUGAAAUUUUUUUGGAACGCACGCAAGAAAAAUGGAGAAGAGUAGGAGCCAGCACAGUUUCCAGGUUUCAGCGCAGUAUACCGCUAUACUUAGUGAGAAUAAAUACCCAUUUAACAUACUCAAGGACAAUGAGUCCGAAAAAUCCAGAAAAGUCCUUGCAGCGAAGCGAAAGUCACUUGUUCACGAGCACGGCAAAGGAACUUCAAAGAACUGUGUGGUAGUUUUUAUCCCUACACUUCGGAUUCCGAGCAAGAGACAAAAGUCGUAAGUUACGCUGGGGUGACGUUUAGCUUCAACAGUAGAAUGAUGGCCGAGAAGUCUUGGUUUGGUUGGCCGACCAAGGCACAAAAACCCGACAUGAUCAGGACAGAGGACACCAAAGAUCGUUUCAACCAAAGAUUUAUGCCACCAAUACAGCGAGAUGUCCUGUCAGUUUUUACAAAAAAAUUCCGCAGUCACCGGCCAGUGGAAAUCUUAAUGAACGCACCAGAAUCACCAUUUUCCUUGACGGUCUGGCAUAAUCGACGAUCAGAAAAUGAAGUUUGGUAUGUGGGGGCACCCCUUGAAAAAAAUAAAAUUUCUGUCCACUACAGUGAAGAACGCUGGCCUCCACAGAGAGGGAAAAAAAGGAACCAAUAAAUCUGUCAGGAAACCUGUAUUUCGAGGCUCCUUGAUGCUUAUGUUCCAGAGAACUUUGUAGCCCAACUGAGUGGCCACAAAAGCACGGAGAGUUUACAGUCCUAGAAGUCCGCCAGUGCUGAACACCAAAAGAGGAUGUCCUUGACCCUCAGCAGAGCUGAUCUUUCUGGAUCCAGAGAUGAAGCUUUAUCAAGUGUCCAUAAUCAAGGGUUUGAAGUUGUAACUCGCUCGACUACAGACAUCGCUGCGAGUUCGACCACAAAUACAUUGAUUGAUCAGUUAAGCAAUCCGUUACUGUCUUCCAACGCGCCACUUUUUACAGAUAUAGGAUCCAUCAGCGGGUGCACAUUCCAAAUAUUUCAUGGCAAAUGAAUGUGAAAAUUCUCCAGAAUGAAAGGAAGCGUCGGUUUGUUAUCGAGAGCGAUGAAGACGAUUGAAUUUAAAGCUAUUUUUUAUCAUCUUUGCCCAGUUUUGAAUUAAUUUUCACAGCUUCACUUGACACUGACUUGAUCUAUAUUUUAUAACCAAAUCGACAAAAAACCCUCGCUCGAAUUUUAGAAUCAACAACUGCUUUUGUCAGAUUCCGUUACAAAGCGUUUUUGAAGUUUUGGUUAAAAUAAUUUUAGACGAUUUCACAUUCAAUAAAUUUGUUUUUCCAACUCGUGGUAGCUGCUUUUGUCUGAGUAGCUCGAGUCAUCACGAUUACGUCACAGCAGAAGCCCUUUAAGUGCAAGCCACUGGAAGUGCAUUUUACUAUCAGAAACAGCGUGCCAUAUAAUAAACAACUUACUAACUGAGCUUGCUCGAGCCGUACUGGGGAAUAUUGGCCCUCGGUCGUGGAAGUACGGACCUCGCUUCGCUCGGUCCGCACUGCCACGACCUCGGGCCAAUAUUCCCCAGCACGGCCCUCCCGCUUGGUUAGUAAGCGGUUAGUCUAUCAAAUGAUCUUGCCAAACCCUCUCACGAUAUUUUUCAAGAUCUUUUGUGCUUUAUUCGCACGAAAAAGUGAAAUUAUUAGAAAGAUUACGAUAUUUCAGUCACUGACACUGGUGGCUUUGAGGAAAAAGUCCCAGUACUUCCUGGCAUUAAAAGUCCACCGUCGACCCUAUGACCCUUGGUUAGCAGCGAUCCAAUUGUUUGACUUUUCAAGUACUUGAAUACUUUCCAUUUAUUUUUUGUAUAUAUUUUAUUUAUUUAUAGAUAACCUUCGAAGGUAUUGCGGGGUCUUCAUAUACAGGAGAUAUAGCUAUCGAUGAUGUGGCAAUCACCAGUGGAAGCUGUAAUAGUCCAACCGUGCUGCCGACAAAUCAAAGCAGUGGAAGUAAAUAG